AAUCACAACAAAUCCCUCUCUUGCUGAGCACUUACAUUGUGUACGCCUUACGCUACAAUUAUUGCUCACCGUAGAAUUGUGUUAUUGGAUGACCAUGAAAUUGUACCCGAAAAUUAUUACUGGUACUCUUCACGCGCAUAAUAAGGAUGCAUGUGAUUGGUAAUAUACAAUUCACCCAUAACUGCCGUUUUAAUAAUGUCAAGUUGGCAUUCAUUGGUGAUUAGUUGAGUUAAAAAUUGAGUUAAUAUAUUAUAUUUAAAUAUUAAAUAUUGAGCAAAUUUCAAAGAAAAAAAAAUGAGCUAGGAAUGUUUAAAGUUCGAGUUCAUAUUCAUUAGUUUUUUUUUUUUCUAUAUAGAGUACUUGACUUGACUUUGACUUAUAGUUAUUGUUUUAAUAAUGUAAAGUUGGCAUUCAUUGGUGAUUAAUUGAGUUAAAAAUUGAGUUAAUAUAUUAUAUUUAAAUAUUAAAUAUUGAGCAAAUUUCAAAGAAAAAAAAAUGAGCUAGGAAUGUUUAAAGUUCGAGUUCAUAUUCAUUAGUUUUUUUUUUUUCUAGAUAGAGUACUUGACUUGACUUUGACUUAUAGUUAUAGACAAGACUACAGUGUAGCCUACAUCUCCAUAUAUUGUGACCCCCCCAUUCCGCUGAUCACACCUUGGGCAUAAAUCUUAUAAACUUAUUUUAAUGAUAAUUUGGGAAUCUACCACUUGAGCGUUUGCCAAGGAAAAGGCCAGUUGUUCCGAUUUUAAGUGCUAUUUAAAAACAAUUAUUUUAUUUAUUGAAUUUACUCAUAAGAUCCAAAUCCAAAAAGGAUGGAAAUGUUUUUUUUAAAGACAUUGUGUUUGAUACAUAGGCUAUUCAUUUCAGCACAUAUAUAAAAUAAUACAAGGCAUAUUUUUUAAAAUGAAUAAUUGAAAAAAUUUCAAAAAUAUAAUAAUCAAAACAAUUUAAUGUAUAAAAAUGAAAUUAUUCGGCUAAUUUAAAUAGAUAGGAGUCAUUCCCCUUAGUUUACUUUUAGAUAAUUAUUUUUUUAUGUAUUAGUAUUAGUAUUAAUACGCCGAAGGAAUGUUUAUUUAAAUAUGGGUUUUUUGGUGGUUUUGUAUGUUCAUUUUAAUAUAAAUGCCAAAAUUUAAUAAUUAUUUUUAAAAAUAAAAUUAAUAAACAUUAAAUUUUAAAUUAUUUCUUGAAAAUUUACAUUUGUUCAUUGGAAAAAGUGGCGGCGAAGGAAUAUUUCAACAGUUAACGCUUGGUACAAGAGUUCAUGUGAAUAAUUAAGGGAUAUUAAAAGAAAAGUUACAUUUUAUAUCAACAAUUCUUGCCAUUUUCUUUUCAAGUGUUAUUCUGAGUGUGUGGAAAUUUUAGAAUGUUCAAAAUGUUAAUGAAAAAUAGAGAUAUUAAUUUUCUUAUAGGGUACUCUAAAAUUAUGGGGAUAUAGAAAGGUGUGCUUAAAUGUUACGUCACUCUCGUCUUCAUCGUACUCCGGGUGUCCGGGAUAAGUUAAAAAUUUGUUAUUUUUUGCAUCAUCAAUUUGGUUUUGUUUAGAUAAAUUUUGGGUAAAUUUAUGCAGAUGGAAGCUAAAUUUACCGCCAGUUUUUGGUUUCAUCUAGAAGGUAUGGGCGAAAGGAGUGUGAUGGAUUGGGUCAUGAGUAAUGGUCUUAUUGCAGACCGGUAUGAAUGUCCUAAUUGUAAGAUGGCUAUGAAAUUGUAUGCAAGGGCAGGUGUUUCAGAUGGGUUUGUAUGGAGAUGUCGCGACAAAAGCCAUGGCAGUAUUAUGCGUAGUUUAAGGAAGGGAUUGUGGUUUAGUGACAGUAGAUUGACAUUUAGUGACAUUAGAUUGAGAUUUAGUGACAUUCUCUUAUUGACACACUUUUGGAUUAAAAAAAUGCCUUUGGGAAAUAUUGCGACAGAAGUAGGUGUUGGUCCAGAUACAGUAACCGACUGUGUGAGCUUUUGUCGCGAGGUCUGUGUGGAAGCGUGUAUUUUGUCAAGUGAGAGCUUAGGUGGAGUGGGUAAAAUUGUGGAGAUUGGCGAAUCCAAAUUCGGCAAGCGAAAGUAUCAGAGGCAAACGUGUAGAAGGAAAAUGGGUGUUUGGUGGGAUUGAAAUAGGAUCCAAGAAAUCCCUUUUCAGAGUUGUUGAUAACCGCGGCAAGAUGUCCUCCUGGCAAUAAUUAAAGAAUUCGUGCAGCCAGGGAUCACAAUCAUUUCAGAUUGUUGGAGGUCUUAUGACUGUUUAGAGGACGAAGGGUUUCACCACCUGAGGGUGAACCAUACAAUUGAGUUCAAACACUGAAAAGGGGCGGGCACACCAACACCAUAGAGGGCACUUGGAGUGCAAUAAAACGAUCUCUGCCCACGAGAAUCUGUCCUGGGGAGGAGCAGUUCGACUCAUAUUCAUAUGAGUAUAUGUGGCGACGCUUGUGUGGCAGUGAAGAUCUAAUGAGAGAAGGCAUUUAAAUGUAAUAAAAAUUGUAUAUCCUCCCCAUUUAUGAGAUUCUGCUUCAUAAAGAGUGAGUAAGAUAAUAAAUUAUAAUUGGUAAAUUUCCUUUCAUUUUUUUUUCAUGUUGUUGACAUCGUUUGUUACCAUACCUUUCUGGUUCAGUUUAUGUUUAUGGUCAAUACCCUGGUUAGGUUUAGGGUCAAUACCCCGGUUAGGGAUAAGGUCAAAACCCUGGUUCCGAUUGGGUAAAAAACCUGGUUCCGAUAGGGUAAAAAACCUGGUUCCGAUUGGGUCAGUUUAAGGGUUAGGUUUAGGGUUAGAUUUAGUGUUCAGGUUAGGUCAAGGGAUAGAUUUAGGGUUCAGGUUAGGUCAAGGGAUAGAUUUAGGGUUCAGGUUAGGUUUAGGGAUAGAUUUAAGGUUUAGGUUAGGUUUAGGGGUGGUGGUCUUCAACCACUACAAAAUUUUUAUAAAAAUUUGCUAGUUUUUUUUAUAAUCUUUAAAAAAAAAAUUUUUUUAAGUUGAUAAAUUUUUCACUUUUUUUCACAAAAAUUGCAUUUAUUUAUUUUACUUUUUUUUUUAACGCACUUUUAAAAAAACAAUACAUAUUUGUGUUAUUUUUAAAUCAAAUUUUCUUAUAAAAUUGUUUCUUUUCAUAUCUUUCAGUAAGUAGUUGAAAAAACACUUUCUUCUCAACUUCUCCCUUUUUUAUAACACGUGUCUGCACUACUUUUUUUUUACUCGGCCACCAUCUUGGUUGACACGAUAAGUGACCUUUUCAUGGGUUGUGUCAACCAAGAUGGGGGCCAUUGUAAAAUCGCGGUGCUAUCUCUCCAAAUUUGCCAGUUAUUCAUAGUUCACCCCCAAGGUUACAGUGAAGUUUAAAAAAAUAUAACUUCUAUGAAAAUGGUUGCAAAACAUGACCAUGCCUUUAUAGGAUAGGAAAAAGAUUGCAGCUGGUGCCAAACUGUCUUUUUAGUUUGUGCAUAGUUUGCACUAUGCGCACAUCCACAUGUUUUCCACAUGUGCUGUGGACAUCAGCAUCAUUUGAAUCAACAAAAUUUUGUUUCUGCACCACAACGGAUUUUUUGUGUAUUACAUUUCGGAUUUGGUUUAUAUUUGCAUAAGCCGCCCACCCAACUGAUAAAAUCAGUGAGCCUGGAAGAAUAUAUCUUUCUAUACACUCUUGUAAUGUUAUCGCACUUCCACUAGAAAAGAAUGCCCACUCUCGCUUUCUACGCCAUCAAAAACCCAGUGACUCUCUGUCCACUGUAGUAUUCUCUGUGGAAAUAUUUCAUACUUGUUUAAGUGGCACAUUACAGAUAAUUUUAUACAACUUUUAUUUUUAGAAUUGAUGCUGUAAUUUUAAUAAUGUUAUGCAAUUAUAAAUAAAUUGUAACUUAUCAAACUAUGCACUAUGUAUAUCAGUAAAUUUAAUAAAAUACAUGGCUUUUCUGCUAUGGUGUCCAUUAUACCGGUAUAUACUAUAAAGUCUAUAUAAGGCAACACAUCCCCUUAUUACUAAAAUACUGCUUAGGGACUACUUAUUUUGAACUCUCGACUUUGGCACAUGACUCAUUAGUUAAAGCUUUCCCUGACCAAUGGUUUAAUAGUUUUUGCUCAUUGCAAACUCUUAUGAAUGAAACGCUGAGAUAUUACUACGGUUUAGCCAUUAUACAAGUGGCUGUGAAGGGUUAUCCAAUACAACGUUUUGCACAUGGCAAAUUAUGAUCAUUUAUAAUAUGGAAUUUUACCAGGUUUUUAACCAUCAUAUUAAGAUAUUUUUUUUAUAGGCCUUCUAAGUUCACUCUAAAAAAUAAGUUAUCCAAAUAUUUUGAUGUAUAUAGGGAUAAUAAUUGAAUAUUUCUCAAGUAUCAGCAUCUUCCACCAUUAAAAAGGAAAGGGUGCUUGGUCACAUCCAAGCGAAGUUGGGUAGAGAGACCUACAUAGUAUACUGUUCAAAAGUAGAACUAUUAUGUCUUUCGUAAUACCCAUGGCGUUUUGAAAAUUCGCAAACUGAUAGAUCAAUAUAUACCAGAGAUCCACAAUAAAUAUGAAAAUGGCAUAUAUUUAAUUUCGACUUAAUCUUAAUGAUGAAAGUUCCUUAUAUUCACCAACGAUUUUCUCAAAGUUGACUGAUAAAUUAUAAAUCAAAAAGAAAUUGAUUAAAUUUUAGGCUAAGAUGUCCUCUAAAGCGUAAGGCAGGAAAAGGAAAACAAUUAUGGAAUAGUUAUUAUUUUAUGAAUGAAAUAGCACCAACAUCAAAAAAUUAAAAACUCAGAUUUCCCAUACAAAUGUUAUAGUAGUCUCCCUUGCUUUAACGAAGUACCUAAAUAAAGAAAUAAUAACGUCAUAAAGAUUCUUUGAUUUUUUAAAAAUUAAUUAUUCCCAUUUUUUGUUCUUUUGUAAGGUCUCCUCACGUAUAAUCAUGAUAAAUAAAUAUUCAUCAUAUAUAAACCUUUUAUUGAAUUUUUUUACUACUUUGACAUUGUCAUUAAUCCUUUAUUGUGCCUUUUUAAAAAUUAAUUUUAACAAGAUAACAAAAACUUCCUAUUUACCUGAUGGAACUACAUUAAAACACUUCAAUAGUUACCAUAACAUGUAUUUAUUUUCCAAUUAGUUUGUCAUGUGUUUUCGUUGAUUUUAAAGGGAUUUCAAUAUAAAACAUAACGUGUAUUUUUAAAAAUACGUCGAACGAUAAGUUUGUUAAUUGUCUAUUCAGCCAAUGUGUGGUCAGAUUCAGAGGCGUCAGCAUACAGUGGAAUCAUACGAUGAAGUACAUAUAUUAAUUGAUGGUGUAACCUCAGCCCUUCCCACCACUACAUAAUAAUGAUAAUGGUAUCCUCCAGUGUUUCUUCCCUUUUCUAAUGGAUUUCCAACUUUGUAUAUUAAUUGACAAUCUUUGGCUGAUGGUUGUAAUAUACUGACACUGAUACUCGCAUAGCACCCCUGGAAUGGUCCCUUGAAGCCUUAACGAGGGGGAUUAGAAAUUGCUUUCCAACCAAUGCAGUAUAUCCUUCCCAGGCAUCUAACACACGACAAGUGAACUCACGACAACUGUUUAAAAGACAUCCGAACAUGACAAGUGAACUCGCUGACAAGUGAAAGUAUAGACAAGUGACCAGACAGACCAGUAACUACAUGACAACUGUUUACAAGACAUCCAAACAUGACAAGUGAACUCGCUGACAAGUGAACGUACAGACAAGUGAGUACAAAUUCAAAGCAAAUUGAACCUACGAUCAAAUGUGCAGAACAGCUAAGUCCCAUGACCUAGUCUCUUGUCUACCCGUUUUGGUGACACAUGCACAGUCAGCAAUGAGCAUCAGAGACGACUACUGAGCAUUCUAGACCCAAAACUAUUAAUAGGAGAACAUCUUUCGGUUAUAUUUUCUCAGGCACGAGAAAUAGGGCACCAACCUUGACCCCUUGUCAUGUUAGUGACUGUCCGAAAAUUUGGCAAAGUCCCAACUGGUUCCAACUUGUGUCAGCCUGGCGUUGGGGACACUCUAAAGUUUACAAGUUAUUGGAGUCAACUCCGGAACAUGCCAAACCAAAAAUCCAGAAAAACAAGAAAACUGUAAACCUAAAGGAAAAAAGUCAAACCGGUUUCAACUCUCAGGGUGGGUCCAAACUGCAAAAUAAUACUAUACUAUUUUUAAAAAAAUUUGGUCAACCUUUCGGCUCCCCAGUUGUUUGUGGGCUGAACUGUCUAUGUUCACUUUUCUGCGUGUUCACUUGUUCUUUUGGUUCACUUGGCCUGGGUUCGGAUGUUUUAUGGUGAGUUAUCGUGGGUUUAAUUGUCCUGCGUUCAUUUGUCCAAUCACAGCAGUGGACACACACCAACACGGUUAUGCACCAUUAACAUUCAUAAAUCUGCCUAAACCGUAAACCCAUUCAGGGGAAAGCUGCGUCAACUUCGCCUUCCUAAACAGGAUCAUGACAAGGCCACACAGACUACGUGGCUCCAGCCAUGUCUGUGCUUAUCCAUUACAUCAAUGUAUCAAAGAAUGACUUUGGUAAGCAGCUGACUUGGGAAACAGUGCCUGGGCAAAAGAUGCAAAGUGGGAGACUCAACUACCGUACUUAGAAUUCAACCAAAAUCAUUGAAAUUGUCAUAAUUUAAAAAAAAAAAUUGGACACUUCUCAGCCACUAGUAUAUAGAAAAUGCUACCCCUGAUAUUGACACCCAUGGCAUGUACCACCUUUAUAUGGGCCUGUACGAAUAGCCCUACAGAUUCCAAGAUGCCUAGAUACUUAAAUAUGGUAUUUUAAACUUGUCUAAACCCACCACUGGUUUAGAAAGAAAUAUUGGACAUCUAGACAUAAUUAAAUAAAAUUAUGAAAUAAGGACAACAUUUAUUUAAAUCUAGAUACAUCCAAUUGGGAAACUUUUAUAACAUAUCUUUGAAGAUAGAAGAGUUUACCUUGAUUUACCACAAUUGUGUUGUGAAUGACAAAAAAUGCAUGAAUUCAUGAAGUGUACUGUUUUUGAUCUCGCACAGAAAGAUAUUUUACUUUUAAAAGUACGUUUAUGGUAGUUCUAUCAGGUAAGUAAGGAUUUUUAAAUUUAUUUCACCAGCAAUAAUUUAUCAUGCUAAAAUAAAGGAUUACCCACAUUGUAAAUGUCUCGUGGAGAACUGGAAAAAGUACAUCAGCCUUAAAAUUUAAAAAAAAAGUUAGAUACAAAUUCAAAGUAGCGCAGUGAGGCUAAGCCUAAGAGUUGGUCACAAGUAUUUGACCCUAAAACAACAAAUUUUAUAUGGCAUCAGUAAGCCCAAAGACAAAACAAAUGUACACUAACUUCUCACAAAACUGUGAUAAUCUAAAACAAUCUUCAAAACAAGUUGAGACAUUUUUUGCAGUAACUAGCAUCAUGUUAAUUAAAUUUAAGUGAGCUGUUAUAGCCUGUGUGUUUACAUUGUGUUUGUUCACCACAAGCAGUGGCAUUCAACCCUCCCACUUUUUAGUUUUGAUAUUGACGUCACUGAUUAAAUGUGUAGCGCCAAUCCUUUUUUCCCACCUCUCCCUUGAUUUGGGAAAGGUUGUUUACCUUUAAAUAUGUUCUAAAGUGUUCUAAAGCAUGUUAUCAGGUGACGCAAUUUCUAGAAUUUCUUGUUUGGAGGGUUCCAAGUUUCUCCCUUUAAAUGAGGCGGCAGCAUUUCCAGCCGAAGAUUGUACUCUUUGUGUGUAUGUGUGUAAAUUAAUAAUUGUAUCUUUCAAGGACUGUACUUUUUCACUUGCUGUGCUGUAAGUAUAAGUUCCUAUAGAUUUUAUUUCUGUCUAUUUGAUUUUGUGUUUUUAUGUAAAUUUAAGAGUACAAUUAAAUUUAAUAUUUCUAGUAUCACUAGCUUUGGUAUUGUUUUUGUUUGAAUACUGGUAGUCAGUCAUUUGUUAGACAUUGUUCAACAAGAGAGCCAAAUCUUAAAUCUGAUUAGGUUUGCAAAACCAUAUAAUGGUACAUAACAGAACAAUAAUUUAAUUACGGUAUAUCAUAGAAAUAUAAUGAUGUUUUAAAAAAUUAAAAGAAUUAGGUUACAAUGCAGAGUAUAUGUUAAAAUCAGUUUAGUUUUUUUAUUCAGUCCUCAAGCUGCAAUUAGUGCUUCUGACAACAAUCAAGGAAAAGCAGUGGCUUCUCUGGGAGCUGUCUGGAAGGUCAAGUUUCUAUUGCACAUAUGCUUUUGUUCUGAAUCAAUUGUCUUUGUGUGAAAGAAAGAGCUUAUAAAGCCUUUGUCGGGCUGCUUUUAGAUUACGUAUCUUCAGUCUGGGACCAAUUUACCCAGAAGAGCAUCCACAGGUUGGAGGCGUCCAGCGAUGGGCAGAAUGCUUUGUCCUGAACCGCUACAGGAAUACCUCUAGUGUUGGCAACAUGCUGAAACACUGGGAUGCUCACCAUUGGAGGAACAUUGACGACUAUCCAGGCUCUCUAUGAUGUACAAGAUAAAUUAUGGGUUGGUCCAUUACUUAAACAGAAACUCGUCCCUCUUCCCCAUAGAAGGCGAUGAGGUCAUGACAGGCAGUUCCGGCUCACACCAGCAAGAUGCCAGCACAGGAACUACUCAUUUCUGCCAAAGUCAAUCGGGGACUGGAAAAAGCAUCCAAAAGGAACAGUUGAGGCAAAAACACUUGAAACAUUUGCGUCUAUUGCCUCAGGCUUUCCAACCCCCAGUUCAUGAUCCCCUCACUGAGUAGCCCUUGCAACCUGUGAAAUAUCCUUUUCAACACCAGGCACAGAAACGUUGAAAAUCCGCUCUAAAUGCAUAGGAAUAGGAGCCAGAAUGAAUAAAAAAUUGAUCGUGGUCCCUUAAUAUUUAGAAGAAGAAAAAGUUUGAGUUUAAAAACUGUCCUUAUUAUUAAUAAUUUUAAGAAGAGUGGGACAGCAUAGCUGCUAGAAGAAUUUGGCAACCCAACUGGUAAAAGAGAUGGGGCAACAUAGCUGAUAGAAGAGUGGGGCAUCAAUUUUAAUAAAUUAAUUUUUUAAAGUUUAAUUAAAAAGUACAAUUUAUAAAUGUUUUAUUUUUAAAAUGUUUCAUCUAUUAAAAUUAAGAAAUUUUACCAGCUCUUUACCAGCUCCAGGCAAAAAGACCCUGGUCCAGAGCUCGGAGCUCUGCUCCAAAUCCCUGAUUUGAAGGCGAUGUUUGCAUGUCUUUGAACAAGGUUUUUCAUUUUGUUCAGGGAUUUGGGGUGGGGGGUGUGUCCCCCAGAAUUUUUACUUCAGCAGGAUUGCAUUUUAUUUUGGGGCUUUUCAUUUUUUAAACAGGGGUUGGCAAGGUUACCUUGCUUAUGGAUGUCAAAACUUGGUGACUGUGGUAGAACCAAAAACCGUACAGGUAAAUACCUAAUCUUUUUAGGGCUCUAUCUUUGUUAGUAUUCGUUAAAGGAAUUUUAAUAAGGGAAUCAAAAUAAGGAACCCAGACUUGAUCAAAUACAUUUGUCUUUACAAUAAAUUUAUGUUAAAUGUAGGUUAUUUACAUUAAAAAUAUUUUAUUUCAGGUUAUUCAAGUACUUGACAGGCAUAAAGGUGUUAUAACUCUGGUAUAUUUAGUUUUUAUUUUACAUUAAUAAUAUUACACAGAUUUUGAUAAUUUAUGGACCACUAACAUAUUAGUAUAUUAAUUGUAUUUUUAAAUUCCAAACUGUUUGAUGGUCAAAUUUAAACAAAAAUUGAGUAAAGGUGUGGAUUAAAUAGUAACUUAAAAAUUGAAGCUGGAGAAACAUUGGCAAAAAAUGAAAGCUAGAUGCUAAAUAUUAUCACAUCUUACAAGAAUCAACAAGGAAUUGGGAGAGCAACAAAUGCCCCCUAUAAAGUUCAAAAUCUGGAUGUUUCUGCUCAACAAGGAAUAACGAAAACAAAAGUACCGGUACUAUGCUUCAAGCCGUUAAAAGUGAUAUUAAACUAGGCUGUUCCAUUAACAAUUUAUGGAUUCAAGAGCAUGACUCAAAUGGAUGAUGUGGAUAUAAAUAUUGAUAUUAUCACUGCGGUUGAAACAGAUCAUGCUUUAUGUGUCCUAAAACAGGGGUGGGCUGCCGUCGAAGGCAUUUAGAAAUUUUAAAAAAUACUUUGUUUAUUAAGUUAUUUUAUUGAAUUUUACAGAAUUUCAUGUACAUUUAUGAUUAUUUUAACAUUUUUUUAUCAAAUUCCUUUUUAAUUUUCAAUUUUUUUCAACAGUCCUUGACUUUUGUCAUGUAAUGCUAAAUAUGCGAAUUUACCGAUUUUAAUAUAGAGAAAUGUUUAUUGACAUGUAAAAAUUGGACAUAAUAUACAUGCGGCAUUAGAAAGCAUUUAAAAUCUUAAGUGCAUUUUAAUUUAUAACUUUCAAGGUAUUGAAGAGAUUUUUGUUUGCUUCUUGAAUAAACAGGUCAAAUGGGCCCAUGAACAAUAUCAUCAUGACCUGAACUCUCCAUACACCCUUCGGCUGGCAUCAUCAGACACCCAUGGUCACAUCAUUGUUUGGGAUGUUGGCAUGGGUGUAGUGCACUCAGCUUUUGAAGAUGGAAAUAAACAAAUAUUAGGUAAUCUAUUAAUUUGUUUUAAAAAACUUCUAGGUAUUUCUAUUUAACUAGUUAUAGCCCGUCAAACUUUGGCAGCAGCAUUGGGUGAACUUCCCAUCUAAUAAAGUUACUAGAACAUGCAUUCAAGUAGUGCACCUUGUUAGAAUCCCAAUUAAUGCUACUUAACACCCCACCCCCCAUACACACCUGAACUAAAUGUAUGUUCUAAUGUCCUACCCCAUUUUACACACAAUUUUUUUACACCACAUUUGAAUUGAGAAUAUCUCCAUAAAACAAAAGAAAAUAUUAUGCACCAAAUCCACUUCAGCUUUUUCUAAGAAUCUCAUUUGGCGCAGUUAUCAGGAAUUUUAUUUUACUAGCUAUUGAAAUUACCAUUGCACCAUGCUUUCUUUCCUACAGAGAGAAUUAUAUUCAUUGUUUGUUAAAUACAAGUCAUUCAGUCACUAAUUCAUGCUUUAAUAAAUUUGAUUCAUUGGAAAAAACAAUUCCAGAUAAUUAUUAAAAUUCUUAAAUAAUUUUAAAACUCAGGGAUGCAGUGGGUGAGUAACCAGGACGCAUGUCGAGAUUUACUUGUGUGUCUUCACCCUCCUUAUUCUCUUAUAUUAUGGAAUGCUGACACGGGAACAAAGCUGUGGAAAAAAUCGUACACAGAAAAUUUACUAAGCUUCACAUUUGAUCCAUUCAACAGUAAAGAAUUGGCAUGUAAGUUGAAUAGUAGUUCACUUUUUAUUGUUUUUAUCUAUUGAUUUUGACCACAGAAAAAAACCUGAAAGUACCGUAAUAUUAAGAAUCCUAUUAAUUUUGUUUACCUGCAAAAUGAUACUGAAAGAUCCAAAAAUAUUAUCUAAGUUGUUAAUAGGAUAUUAAAAGGAAAGUUAAAUAAGAAAUAUAUUCAGAUGCAAAAUAAACUCUUCUUAUCUGUUAACUUUUGUUAGCAAAAUUAAACAGGAUAGACCUAUUCUAUAUAUUCUCACCAAGAAGCAAUACAUUUGAUUUAUUUCAUAACUAGUUACCACAAUCAUUUGUAUUAUUUACUGAAAUAUUUACAGCUGUAGUUUUUAUAGUUCAUUUUGUUUUAAAUUAUACAUUUUGUGCAAAUAAAUACAUUAUUGUUCAUUAAUAUUAUUUUUUGCUUCUUAUUUUGUAACUAUUUCAGUUCUAGGCCAGGACAGCAUUAUUUUUGUUUCUGACUUUACCAUAAACAAAUCUCCAUCAAGCAAUGGCAAGAAGUUUUAUAUAUCCAACCCAAGUCAAGGUAAACUUAAAAGCUUGUUUCACUUUUUAAAUUUGAAUAUGUUUUAAGAGUGAUUGUGGUUCUGAGAGAUUAUUUUAAGAUAAAUUCAAGGGGAAAACAUAAUGAAAUUUUUAAAAAUAUAUAUUUUCACUUGUAAAAGCUUCUAAUGUGCCAAGAUCAGCCAGCAGUAAUAGUUUAGAGCGAAAAACUUCCACAUCAUCAACAUCAUCAAAGAAUCUUGCCAAAAGAAUGAGCCGAAUUUUGGUUGGAGAAGCCAAAGCAAAGUAAGUCAGUUCAAAUAAAUAGCUUUUAUUUGAAAUUUUUAUUGUUAGCUGCAUUUCAUUAUAGUUUAAUAAUCUCUCAGAGCAAUGUACAAUGUUAUUUCAACAUAAAAUGUAACCCUAAUUUUAACUUAAACUCUAUUUCUUUUAUAACACAUGACAAAGUCAUGGUCUUGUCCAUAAAAGUGUGUUGAAAUAAUGUUCUCUGCUCGUGUUAGAUGGCUCUGUACUUAUUCUGUGUCAAUAGACGCGUAAAAAAAUGGGAAUUGCACAGUAUUAGUUAUUUCAAGAUUUUACUGAGCACUCCAAAGUAAUUUUUAUACAUAUAAAUUCCAUUGUUUCUAACCAUUAGACGAGUCAAUAAAAUUUCUUUACAAUUCUGUGUUUUGAUUAAAAGGUAAACCUCUUUAGGUUAGCCUCCCUCUCAGGUAUUCCAAAUAUAGCAACACCAAUAAGAAAAUUGGUAGAAUACCUAUUAAUUUGCUUUGUUAUAUUUGCUGAUAAUAAUAAAAUAAAGUUUAUUGGAAAAUCAGGCUUCAUCCCCAAAGGCUCGAAGUGCGGUACAUAGUCUAGCAUAUUAAAAGAGAAUAUAUACCACAUUGAAAUACAAAAUGCAACAUUGCAAAAACUAUAUACGAGAAUACCCAUUCUAAGUCUUUCAUCACUUGCAACCAUAAACAACACAGGCCAAUACACAUCCACAAGAUAAUAGCUAGACAGACAACAUCAUCCCAGCAGGUGUUUGCGAAAUAGAUAUGUUUUCAAAUCAGUUUUGAAAGACUCCAGUGACUGGCUGUUUCUGUGAGCGACAGGAAGUGUGUUCCAAAUUGUUGGGCCAGCAAAUGCGAAAGUACACCCCUCGUAAGUCUCAAGGCGAACACCCGGUAUCGAGAGUUUGCCACUAACAGAUGAGCGGAGUUGUCUAGUGGGUACAUAAGGCGUCAGCAGCUCUUUGAGAUAGGACGGUGCCAGGUCAUGCAAGCAGGGUAGCACAGAGUUGCAAUUUUGUACUCUAUGCGAGGGCGGAUCGUCAGCCAAUGCAACUCUCUCAGAAGUGUUUUAGCAUGGUCAAAUUUGCAUUUACGAAAAUGUGGAUUAAUUAGUUGCAGAUGUACUUUUUAAAUAAAAAAUUAUGCACGUUUUUUGGAAUUAAUCUGUCAAAAUGAAAUUCAGAUUAAAUGAUAAUAAUUUUCUCAUGCUUAAUAAAUUUUCUGUUAAAAAAUGUUUGAACUCGUAGGGGAUCACCAGAAGAAGAAAGUGUAACUUUGAAUGAGUGUCUGCAGCUUUGUUUUCAUCGUUCUUGCCGACACCACUUGAUGCUGCUCUAUCCUCGAGAAAUGCUUAUUCUGGACCGUGAAAUCAAUCAAACUGUUGGAAUUAUUGCACUUGAUAGAUCCAGCUCCUCUUUCACUAAAGUAAGAAGAUUAUUUUAGAGAAAGCUUUUUACAAAAUAUUUGGUAAAUUAAUAAUAAAUUUGAAAUCAUUUGAUUACUUUUUAAACUUCCAUCAAGAAGUUUGCUCCAAUUUAGGGAUAUAAUGUGAGAAAACUCCUAUUAGCAUAAGCCAUAAGCAGUUCACUAGCUUUUUUUAGUCUUAGGGUAAUUAGUAACAACACCGAGAUCAAUAUUUCAUACUUGGGCUUAACUGGGUGCAUUUUUUUUUAAGCUGGGUCCAGUUAUUUUGAGAAAAUACCUGGUAGGUCCAAGUGUUAAAAAAUUGAGUUAAUUUCUCAUUUCCUACAAUCAAUUUAUACUGGCCUUUAAAUAGUUGGCCUACAGAUAGUCCUACUCAAUACCUGUGGCUGCCUACAAAUAUAAUAGUCACCUACCCCUAAAAAAAAAAAUCAAACUUGAGUUCAAAGUCACGCAUGACCCUCGCUGCGUGACAGCUUUUUUUUUUUUCAUUCAGUACUUUUAAUAUAAAACAUGUUGAGUGGAGGUGGGAGGUUGUGAAAAGAAAGCAGGACAAUCGGAAGUAAAAUGUAUACUCCUCAGCUUGCCUUCUUCCUUCUCUUUCUGUCAAACCAUAACAAUGCACAAUGUCAGCUUUUAUACACAAAACAUCACCAAUACAAACCACAUAUCAACAGCUACACAAUGGAUCUAAUUACCCUCACUAACAAAUCAAGUAUACAAAACAUACACUCAUUGAACAAAUCAAUAACAUUCCUUCUCCCCCUUCCUUGACAUUGUUUUAAAAAGUGAUGUCACUCAGAAAAAUUGUAAAUAUCGGCCUUGCUACUUAUAUUUUAUUUAAAAAGAACAAUAAACUUAAUAACAUAGGCAUCCAACACAAACCAAAAGACACCAUGUUAAUGAUUUGUGAAAAUUGGUAUCUAUACAAAUAUUUAAAUACACACAACAUUUUAAAGAAACAAUAUUAAUUUCAUUAGGAAAUAAACAUCAGCCACUAUCUAAUUAGGGUAUAUUGCUGGGUGGGCCAUAUAGCCAGAAUUUCAGACGACUACUUGCCCAAAAGAAUUUUUUAUGGUGAACUCAAGCAGGGCAGGACAAAAGACAAGUCAGAAAAGCUUGAUUUAACUCUGUACCUGGAUCUCCUGCACCUUCAGCACCAGAACUUUUUGUGCUGGAAUUGGCCUGAUCAGCCAUCUUCAGACCCACAGACAGAUUCAGCCUCAGCAACAGGCAGGUGUUUAGAAUGGUCAUGUUCGACUUUCGACAGAUGAACUAUCAGGGAAUAUUUCAUAAACCACUUCCGCCACUCGACCAAUUCUCAAAACUAUAGCUAUGCCCUAAAGAAUCUGCUUAUUUAAUUCCACAUGCAUUUAAGAUGUAUCAGAAUGCCAUAAAUAAAUUUUUCCAAAUCUGUCACCCCUCCGAGGUGAUGAUCAAAUUUCUGAACCCAUCACCAGGAUAUCAUACUUUUACCCCCUAACAUAAGGAAUUGACCAGCUACACUACUUAUCUCAAGCACAAAAUUGAUUCUUCCAGAAAGAGUACAAUAUUUUCAUAACAUUGUUAUCAAGAGAAAAACGUUUACAUCCUUGAUAAAUAAACUCAAAAUUUAACAAUUACAUACUAGCAUAUGGUUCAUAUAUUAAUGUUAUUAAAAUACACAAUAUUAAUAUUUUAAUAUACCACACUAGAGUUAAUUCUAACCACCAAUAUUUUCUUGAGCAAAAAAAAACAAUAACCAACUCCCUCCCCUGGAGCUAUAAUAAAUUGAAGGGGGGGGGGGGGGAAGAAAAAGAAAAAAAAAAAAAAAAAAAAAAAAAAAAAAAAAAAAAAAAAAAAAAGCAAUCUUAGGCAGCAAUUAUUUGCCCAGGUACAUUUAUUUGACUGGGUGCUAUAUCCCUCCUGUCACUUUCCUUAAAAAUAUCAAUGAAAGCUGCCAUUUCAGCAAGAAAUGUAAGAAUUAAUCUGAUUAGCUGGUACGAAACCAGCCAGCCAAUCUCCAGGCUUGAAUUAUCAGGCCGAUCCAUCAGCCUUUCGUCUUUUUUGCCAUUCCACCCUGGGCAGAUAGAUUGGCCCAGCUGUCUCAAGAUGGUUAAAUAUAAUGGUAUUUUAUAACAGAUUUAGUCAGAAAUUGCUUAUCCAUUUCUAGGUGAUAGCUUGUUGGCAAAGAGAUGUUCUCAUGUGUCUUCAUGAAAAUGGUGGAGUUUCUGUUAGAGUGCGACGCAGAAAUAAUGCAGUCAAUACACCCGCACCAGAGGGACAUGGAGCUUUUGGUAAUGUUUAAUGAUACAUUUAAGUUCAUUACCUUAGCUGGAUGCUUCAUUUCUUUUUUUGCCAAUUAUAAGUAGAAAUCAGAGAGCUCUCUUUUUGCAAUAGUUAACUUUUUCAAAUUAAUGCUUUAUUUUCAAUGUCUAGAUGAUACACCAACACAACUAUCAAUGGAAGUAGCAUAUGAUUUACGCUGCCAGUCAGACCCAUUGAGGGUGACAAGACACAAUAAGUUAUACUGCUCUUCAAUGUGUCCAGUGUCUGAGAAAAUGAUGGCACUCAUUAUGAGUGACAGUCGAGUUAUGUUUUGGGAGCUGACUGCAGUACAGGUAAAAACUCAUUCUUUUAGUGUUACUACUGAAGUACAGAUAAGUACUCAUUAUUUUAGUGUCACUUACUGCACUACAGGUAAGUACUUAAAGUACUCAUCCUUUUAAUAGUAUUUAAGUUUACUUACCAUUAAUAAACAUUAAAAACAGGAUCCAUAAUGUAACCAAAGUUGAGCCCCAAAAACAAGAUUACUAUAAAAGUCAUGUGUCCAUUCUUUUCCACAGCACCCAGGUUUGGACUCUCAUUUUAUUUCUCCUUUGCUUGGACCAGGCUGGGAUUCCAAACCUUCAAAAUGGGUUGGAAAUGUAUCUUUUCCUGUCAUAUCUGACACGCCACAUCCUCAGUUAGCAUUGGCAGAUUCCAUAGGGACAUCUCAAGUAAGUUCACUAAGGAUAUACAGCAACACAAGCACAUUUCAUUACUUGUAUUUCUCAACAAUACUUUAGAUAAAAUGAAGGUGUUAAUGUUUAAAAUAGUAGUAUUUUACCACCUUUUGCACUUGAUUUGCUAUAAUGAGUUUGUUAUGCAGGAAAGACAAAGGGAAUCUUUUUUUUUUCAUUACUUAACAUUUUAUCACAAAUUCCUUAUUAAUAAAUUUCCUAUGCCUCUUUCUUAUCUUUCUUUUUCUAAUUUUAACAUAGCUUCUUACAAAAAUAAGGUUUUGCUCAAUAGUCUUAUUUAUACUCUUUUUUUAGAACAUGGAUGGAGUUGAACAUGUUGGUCCUAACUUACAGUUGAAAUUCCUUCUUACUGGUCUCAUCAGUGGGGUGGCUGCUCAUGUGACAGUCAUGAAAAUGUGUCCACCUCUUACCAACAAAAAUAUGGAAUACUACCAGCCCCUCAUUGCACUAGGUAAGUAAGCAAGUUUUAUCUGCUGUAUUAUUUACCUGUUUUGUGAAUAAUUUUCCAUUUUCUUAACUGUCAUUUCUUUUAAAAGGCACUCAUGCUGGGACAGUUCAGAUUGUUAAUGCUUCUAGUGGACAAAUAGAGAGAGAAUACAAUUUACACUCAAGUCCAGUGAGGUAUGUUUAUCGAGACUUAUUUUACAUCUAUCAUUGGUUGAUUGAAACACUAAUUUUCAUUAAAAUUACAAGCAUUGUGUGACUUUAAAAGUAAGUAUCCAUUUAUACCAUUUUUAUUAUUAUUUUUUCUAGAGGCAUCGAGUGGUCAAGCUUAAAAACAUUCCUAUCCUACGCUUUCCCUAAUCCUGGUGCCAGCAAUUUAGUGAAGAAUGAAAUUAUAAUCUUGGACACUACUUCAGGUUAGCAUUCCCUGAAGAUAUGUAUAUUUUACGAACUAAUAUUUUGAUCUCGUCUAGUAAUACAUUGAUUAAAAAGACACUGUAUGUGUCAACUUACUUUUAUUAUAGUUCAGUUCAUUAUAAAUAAACAUGUUAAGUACAAAAUAAGUUUUUUUCUUUUAAUUUAAAAAAAAAAUUAUCCUAUUUUUCAUCACUAGGCAAAUUAUUUUGUCCUUUCAGUUUAGAUGCAAUUAUUGUUAGAAUUUCUGAUGAGGCAAUUUUAGAUAAAACAUAUUGUAACUGUCAUUAGCAUUUCAUGAGGUAGAUUUCCUAUAGAACAGUUUUAUUAUUGUUGGAUUUUGUCAUUUUAAUUUUAAAGUAGAUAUGAAAUGUAAAAUUUGGGUGGAAGAAAAGAAUUUAAUUAAAUUUUAUCUAAAAAUCUCUUAAACCUAGGCAAACAAGAACAAAUAAGAGCAAACAGGGAAAGUGAAUCGCCAAUAGAAAUGUUGUCUGUUUCUCAUCUUAAGUAAGUUAUGGUUCAUUUCUCUUUUGACUUUAAAUAUUAAACCUUUUCUUUUUGGCAUGUCUCUAUAUCCUCAAGAUCUUUCUAAAAGAUAGUUAAUGAAAAAUACAGAAUUUUGUUGUUAAAUUUUUUGCUUUAUGCUGCAAUCGUAAAAUAUAUUUGGUGCAUCAUUCAUUAUUUGUUUCUGUCAAAGGCAAUAUUUUGUUCUACUGUUUAAAGACAAGGCUUUGGAAUUAUGGGAUUUAAGAACACAAACUAUCAUUCGUGAGUUGCCUAGGAACUUUCCAAGGCCAACAACAGUCGUAAGUAGCUUGCAUAUAAUAAAGUAUAGUUAACCUUUUUAGAAGUCAAGCUAAAUCAAAGAACAUUUUAAGUACAAGCCUUCUUCAACUAAAAUUUAUGAACUUUUAAUACUACUUACAAACUUAACCACGUCAGUUUUGUAAGCUGUUUUAAAAUAAAAUUCUUUUGAUGAGUCCCAGCGUCCCUCGACAUUAUAGAGUUUUUCUCUAAGAUAGGAUGGAACAACGCAUGCUUCACUGACCAUCAGUUAUGAGGUUGUGUUAUUUAUGUGGUAGGAAUUACUGAUCAUGAAGUGCAUGUUUUCUUUCAGGUUUGGUCACCAUCUCACAGUCUGAAAACCCUUAGAAAAAAACUUCUGGAUUUUGGGGAUGAGGAAAAAUCAUCCGCUGCUUCCUCCUCUCAGGUCAAGAUAUCAUCUUCAGGUGAUUCUGAGGAUGAUAAGUAAGUUAAUUAGCUAUUAAAUUAAUUUUUUUAAAGGCAAAAUAAAUAUUAGCAAGGAAUCAGAUGCUCUUUUUAAAAGCAUUAGGAUUAGAGACAGACAGAAUUUCGGUUUCAGCGCCGAAACCGGCCAUUUGAUCACUUUUGGCCUAGUCUGGGUUUUGGCUGAAACUGAAAAGCUAACUAUCGGCUUAAUUUUGGUUUCGGCCGAAAGAGAAAGUUAACUUUCUGUUUAAUUUCGGUUUCAGCCAGAAGUCAGAAGGUCUGUCUCUAGGCCGACAAUCUGAUAUUCAUAAGUGAUCGACGUCUUGCUGUCAUUGUAUGUUAUAUGACUAAUACUCAGCGACAGCUGCCCAAAGCUGCAUGAUGACCUAUUGGUCCUAUAUUAUUAUUUCCAAAAAAAUAACAUUUCAAUUAGGCCUAGACAAAUGUAAACAGUUUUGUGGAAGAAAAACUAAGGGAAUGGUAAUAAUUUAUAUCAUUAUUUUUGUUUCAAUUUUUGUUUCAAAAAUAAAAUUUGGAACCCUUAAAUUCCUUCAUUUUUGAUAUUCAAUUUGAUUUAUCAUUAUUAUAUUCUCAUCAAUGUUGUCAUAGGCAAAGGUGAAAAAUAUUGCAUAAUCUAUGGGAAUGGUAAAAUUUCCAUUUUUAUUUUUGUUGUAUUUUUUUUUUUUUAAAUUUUAAAAAGCAAACUUAGGCCUUUUCAAACCAUUCAUUUCUUAAAAUUCAUCAUUGUUUUCAUUUGAUUUGUUUGAAUACUUAUAAAGCGCUAAGUAUCCAUGCUAUUUUAGCAUGCUCACUGCGUGCAUCCGGGCGCCGCAGGGUUGUCGGAAUGAUUCAUUGUUUCGAUGUUUGCCACCUAUAGGGUGUGCCAUAUCCGGGUGUGAAUUUAGAGUUUCCUUCUCUUAGAUGAGUUGCUAACCAAGGUUAGGGAGUCCCAUCUACCCGGUGAGGUUUUUUUUUUGCUUGCCUGGGCUUUGGCUGGAAUUGAACUCACGACCACCAACUUGAGCUUUUGUUCAAUUUAGACCACUCGGCCCACCGUUGCCUGUCAGGCGCUUGUGAACCGGAAACUCUGUCUUUUGCUGGAAUUGAACUCCAGACCACCAACUUGAGAUUUGCUCAGUUUAGACCACUCGGCCACCCAGCAUCCUGAGUGAGGUUGGUCUCCGAAGGAAAUAAUUACAUCACUAGCACGGAAAGACAAGUGUGUUGUUACUAGGCUAAAUAUUAAUACAGUGAUAUCUUGCCAGCUAUUAAUAAAAAUACAAAGCAUUAGUAUUACGAAAACAGCGAAACAUUGUGGUGAUAUUUUUAUAGCCUUAUAACAUAUAUUAGGGUGGCAAUUAGCUCUAUUAGAGCCACAAUAAUUAUUGUAGGUAUAUGUUCUAGGUUGUAAUUAUAUUGUAAAAGCAAAGGGCACUCAAGGGUCUAUUUUGCAUUAAUUUUGCGCGCCCCCCCUCCCCCCACUUCCAAAUUUUCAAAUUUUCUCCACCUUACUAAUUUAAAACAUUUUAAAGCAAUUUAAAUUACUUUUAAAUUAAAAUGGUAAAAGCCAAAGUAUUCUUAGAUCAAGGGUCUCAAACUCAAAUCAUCAGGGGGGCCGCAGGAGGUAAAGUCUGAUUGAGACUGGGCUGCAUCACUUAUUCCACAAAAAGCGAUUACAAAUUCAUUAAAGUACAACUGUUACAAUCUGCUCAACCUUUAUAAAUACCAAAUAAAAACAUUAAGGGUUCUCAAGAACAAGGCUUCACUUUCUGGCAGCGCUUCUUUUUACACAACUGAGCAACUUUGGCUUUAGUGAGGAAGCAACUACGACUCUCAGUAUAGCUUGAAGAUCCUCAUCAGUAAGUUUGGCCCUGAACUUUGACUUUUUUAAAGUGCAUAGUGGAAAAGAGCUUUUCACACAGAUAGGUACUCCCAAAAAGUCAUAUGAUCCGGUUGAACAACCUGGAAAUCUCGGGGAAGGUGGAGGGCAAUGCAAUAAAAUUUCCAUGCUUGUUUUUUCCAUUUACCUCCAUGCGCGGGGCAUCUUGCACAUGAAAGGAGAAAAGGUCAGCAAAAAGCUGAAAAGUGGCUGCCUGUGUUUUGAAGUCUAAAAAAUAUGAUCAAAUUCUUUCUGCAGCUUUGCAAUGGCAUCAGAAAACUUACUAUUAAGUUACUACUGAAUGGUGUGCCCGAGUCCAUGAGUACUUUGCAUGUUGGGAAAUGUAGAGGUUUCUCUAAGAACCAUAACACAAGUUUUGUGCAGAAUGCCCUUUCAUUGUCAUAGGUAACACUGACAAGCUACACCUGGUCUUGUAACUUCUCGUUGAGUAUAUUCAGCUCCUGUGUAAUGUCAACAAGAAAAACCAAGUCCAUGAGCCAUUUGGGAUCACUAAUAACAGGAAAAACCACCCCAUCCUUCUCCAUGAAGGCUUUAAAUGCUAAAAUGGGUCAAGCAGUAGGCAGGAGCAGGCCAUAUUUAUGAAUUAUUUAUGCGAAGGAAGCAUCUCUUGUAGGUAGAAUGAAUUUUAACUUUUUAUCGUAGCAAAGGCCUUUUUGACUAACCCAUUUUGAAAGACAGUCCUACUAUAUGGAGCAGAAACUUGGAAAACAAUGGCAAACAUUACUCAGAAAUUACAGACCUUCAUAAACACGCCUUAGAAAGAUCCUGAACAUCAAAUGGCCAAAUGUUAUUACCAAAAAAAUCUACUAGAAAGAACUCACCAGGUGCCCAUCGACGAAGACAUUUUAAAAAAUAGAUGGAGAUGGAUUGGACAUACUCUCCGAAAAAUCCCAGAUAGCACCACCAGACAAAGCCUAAAUUGGAAAUAAAUGGAUAAAUGGAAAAUUCUUGUGGAUGGGUAAAAAAGCAUAAGAAGAAGAAGAAGAUUUUGAAAGUAACAAAGCUGACAGGCCCGGAAUUUCCCUCACUCGUAAACACUAGCAGCAAUUUUAAUAGGGAUCCUUUAAUACUGUAUCAGAUUGUUACGAUUUACACAAAUAUGGCUGUGCAUUAUUUGCCAACUUACUUUUUAAAACUUUUCUCAAGGCUGCUCUCUUGCCAUGUUUGUCUCAUAAAAAGCUAUAAAAUAAAAACUUUUAGUCCGAUUUUAAAAUGGCUCUUACCUUUAUAAUCAUCAUACAAAUAUAUAGAAAUAUAAUAAAAAUCAGAAUUAGACUAGUUGGUGAGAUUCGACUGAAAUCAUUGCGGAGAGUCACAUUAUAGAUAUGAGAAUGGGGAAACACUGCAUUAACACUAAACUUUGUUGUCAUUUAGCGGGCCGCAAAAUAUCGUUUUAUGGGUCACGGCCACGAGUUUGAGACCCCUAUAUUAGAUGUUUAUUUAUAAUAUUCACGAUUAUCUCAUUUUUAUAAAAGGAAUGUAAAUAUUGAUACUUUCCCUCAUCAUUUUCGAUGUAUGCAGAAUGUAUAUGUGAAAGAAUUUCAAAAUUUCUAAAUAUUUCGAUUUCAGCCGAAAGCCGAAAGUCAUUUUUUAAACUUUCGGCCUAGUUUCAGUUUUGGCCGAAAUCAGAAAAUCACUUUCCAACUGUCUCUAAUUAGCAUAUUGUUUAUACAUAUAAACCUAUAAAGAAAAGUGUAGCUUUUUUUAAAUGUGAUUUAAUACUAUUGGCUCUUAAAUAUAUUCUGCACUGGUUUACAUCAGACAAAUAUUAACAAGCCAAAAUAAAAAGCAAUUUCAUAUCUUUCAUCAUUUAUUCUGUCCCUUGUUACAUUAAAAAUCAUAAAUAAGCCAAACUUUUUUUGCUCCUUGUGAAAUGGUGUGAAUUUAAAAAAUUAGAUAUUGUCUGGUAAAAAAAGUGACAGAAAAGUUAUAAAUUAACAAUUUUUUUAAAACCAAAAAAUAUUUCACAAAUAAAAUUAUUUGGAUAUGAUUAUGUUAUGAUUUAAAUUCUUUUGAAAUUCGUGUUAUUCUUAAUGGCUAUAUUUUCCUACUUCCCUAUUGUUCUCUUCAUAAUACCAACUCGGUUGUGUGUUCUCAAAAUAAUCAGCACAAUAAGUAGUGAUAAGUACAAAUGUCACACACAUAGAGGUAAUAUUGGCAUAGGACUGAAAGUUUGUCUCUUCAAUACAUUUAAAAAAAACAUUUUUUUCAAAAUCUUUUGUUUUUAAAACUGAUUUUAUUAUGUUGUGAAACAGAGAAAAAAAGAACCAAAAGUCCAAUGUUCGAGAGCAUUUUGUAAUGACAGACAAAGAUGGUACAGUGUUUCAUUUUAUUGUGGAAGGGGCAACAAUAUCGGAUGUGACGAAAAUUCCCCCAGAGGUAAUUAAUAACAAAUUAUUAAGUCUUUUUGUUUUUUUAUCAAUUAAAAAUAAUUGGUUGAGAAUUCUAAAUAAUAAAAUCAAAAUUUGCCAACCCCAUUUCAAUGCCAUUGAGACAAGGCUUUAUUUGCUGAUUUCAGUUUAUCUUUUUUUUUCACCAUGUGGGUGGGUCUUAAUUUUUCUUAUCUAAAAGUAAACAUACCAUUUCAAUGAGCAGAGUGGCUUGGCUCGUAUAACUGCUCUAGCCUGGAAGGGCGACUGCCUGAUGUUUGGUGAUUCAGAGGGCUUCCAAUGUUUGUGGGAUCUCAAAGCCAAAAUUUCAAGGUGAUUAUUUACUGAAUUAUUAAUCUUAGACCUUGCUUUUCAAGAUUCUCUUUCUCAAGUUUUCCAUACUUUUACUAACUUGUUCAUUUAUGAAAAAUCAAUAAAUAUGAUUUAAGAUGGUAUAAAGCUUAUUUAUAGUUUAAAUUUUAAGAUUCAAUAUGCAUAAGUAGAUACUAAUAUUAGUUUAUUAUUUUAAUAAUUAUGUAAUAAACUUACCCUAAAUCAGUUACAGUAUCAGCAACAAUUCAAACUACAGAACAUCCUAACAUGGUUGAGAAAUAAAAAUGAUUUAGGUAAUAAUAUUCUGUGAAUUUUAUAAUUCCCUAAAAAUACUUUUUGGUUUGUUAAUUUAUUCAGAACUACCCCAACAAAUCGAGGGUGGAUCAAGAAAAUACGCUUUGCACCAGGUCGAGACAAUAUGAAGUUUUUUACACUGCACAAUGAUGGUGUUCUGAUAUGGGAUAUAGGCUCAGAGGGGAAGGUUCGUAUCAUAACUUUAAUUACUAUUUUGUAGUUUAACAUAUAAAUAGUGGAACAAGACAUGUUUAGGCUUAAAAAAAAAACAUAAGUAAUUAAAAGGGCGUUUCGGAUAAAUGUCUUCACAUGACAAUACAAAACAAGAAAUAACAAAUUAUUUAAAAUUGAAACUUAAGUGUUCCGAGAUCACAAUGUAGCUCUCUCAGACAAAGUGUAGACACAAAGGUGCACUAUUAUAACAGAAGUUAAGUUGUUCAAAACUAAAAAAUGCCCCUCAGAAUUCUGUGGUGCAUACUGUCAAAGUAAAAGAAUUAAGUCUUGUUAACUAAAUCAUUCCUUUUCUCUAGAGAGCGUAUAUCAAUGUACACAGGUUAUGUUCGCUCAUAAAUUUUCUUUUAAUAUUUUUUUAAUAAACUCAAUGUUAUCGUAAAAUUUGAAGAAAAAUUUAUAAAAAAAUCAAAUUAAAAUAUUUUAAAUAAUUUUGAUGUUUUUUGCAAGUUUGAGAUUGUGUAAGACGCUUGUCGACUCGGAAGCAUAAAAUCUUGAAUAAUGAAUAAUACUGAUGAAAAUAUCGAUCAACUUUUAUCUGAAUCUUUCGGGGAAGAUAGUUGGGAACAUGAAUCAAGUGAUUUUGAUUCAUAUUUUAAUGAGAAUCUUCUUUUGAGGCCAAUAUAGUUGUUAUACUAGAAGGUAAGUAAUCGAGUGUCUCGUCAAUCUACUCUUUAAAAAAAAUUUAUUAUUGUUAUUUUAUCGGUUAAAUUUUAUGUUUUUAAGCAAUUUGAGAAAUUUACUAGCCAUUUUAAACUGAAUCUACGUAAAUAAAAUCAUUUUAAAAUAUGUGAAUAUUUUAUUACAUAGAUAUUUUGAGAAGUCGUUAUUCUUAGAAACUUUUGCUAAGGAAUGUAAACAAUGCUUUUGGCACUGCUUAUUUUGAUAUAUUUCAUUCUAAAGGACAUGAAAUUUGAAAUCUGUGUUUGUCAUAUAAAUUUAAUUAUCUAACAAUAAAUUUUAUAGACAUAUUGGUUUUUAGACAGUAUUGGAAGUAUUAAAAACUGGAAUUUUAAGUGAAGUAUACAUUUUGUAUUUAUUUCAUUCCUAAAAGUAGCAUAUUGGUCUAUAAUAUUAGUUUUUCUUUUUCAUUGACAGGGUAAACUCAUUAUGAUGUUUAAGUUGAUGACCCACUCGGCUACUGGUUCCCACUCCUAUGUUUCUCCCAGCCAGAGAGCCAGGCUUACAUUAGUAUAAAAAUACUCAUCAACUUCAACAAUCUACCAUUACUGCCUGACUUUUAGGCUAAUGCCAUAUUUUUAAAAACAGAUUUAUUCAAAUUAAUGACAUUCUUCAAAGGUUUUAUCAUUAAAACAGAGAAUUGAGGUCAAACUGUUGGAAGUAAAUUUUGUUGUAUGGUUUUAGCAGAAGAAAAUGAAAAAAAACAACAAAGCAAUGUGAUAUGUGGUGGAUAAGAAAUAAUGCUCAGUGAAGAGAAAAUAAAAUAGCCUCAAUUAUUUUAAAUAAUAUGACAACUGGAUUUUCAUUUGUGAACAGAACCAAAACUGAUGGGAUAUUUAGGCAAUUAUUAGUGUGAAAAUAAAAUAUUGUCAAAUCAGAUUUUGAAAUCAUAUAACUCAUUCAUGUGUGCUGUUGACCAAUUGAUGAAUGGAUAUUUCACCCUAAGUAAAACACUGGACUAACCCUUUUUUCCAUUUUGUUGAUUUUGCCAGCUAUAAUCUUUUCAGGAUUGUUGAAAAGAAAAUUUUGAUAUAGAUGAACUAAAGCUACCUAACUUUUAACUCUCAAUUGACUUCACGAGGAAAUUAUUUAAGCAUUAGAGGAUUUACUAAAACUUAUGAUGUUCUGAGUGCCUUAACUUAAAUGUAAAUAACACAAAAUACAAUAUAAUAUAUAUGUUACCGGCAAUAUGUGAAAUCCAGCGUUAUAUAGAAUGCCUAGGAAUUAUAUAGAAUGCCUAGGAAUUAUAUAGAAUGCCUAGGAAUUAUAUAGAAUGCCUGAAAAUGGUAGGCGAAGUAUGAAAUGAUUUAUAUUUCACACAUUUCCUAGGCAUUCUAUACAAUGCCGAAGAGCGACCCGGCAAUGUUUAGAAUACCCCACCAUUCAUGUUUGAUUCUUUGCAUGGUGGUGGCGUUGCAAUCACGACACACGUGCUUCGUGCUCCCGCCAAAGACGCUACCCAUAUUGUUUCAACAUGGCUGCUGAGAUGUUGGAAGAUCAGAUUGUAGCUUCAGAUCAGGAAUCACGGUAUGUUUACAUGCUACGGGGGUUCUUCAAUGAACUUUCUCGAUUACGAGCCAAUACUGCUAAAAAACUGCGUUUCUCUAACAGAAACUAGAUACCAAAAAAUGGUGGAUGAUGUGAAAAUGGCUCGGAUGACAACUCAGAAGAAACCACGAGACUAUUUGCUGCUGAAACGCUAUGAUGUAAUGGCGGUAGAGAACAAAAGUAAAUUGAUGUAUCCUGUUAAAAAAGGUGACAGAGCUAUUGUGUUCUAUGUCACAGAGUCUGAAUUAUUUGACAUACUUCACGAGGCUCAUUUGGCCGUGGGACAUGGAGAACUUUCGCACAAGUAUAAUAACAUUACACGUAAUGAAAAUUGAACUUUACCUUCACCUUUGUGAGCCGUGCCAAAAGAAACAAAAAGGUGUUAAAAAGGGUGUUGUGGUGAAGCCUAUGAUUUUUUCUGAUCUAACUCCCAUGGCCCGGUCAAUCUUAUCGAUUUUCAGUCCCAUCCUGACAGGGGAUAUAAAUUUAUAAUGGUGUACCAAGAUCAUCUCACAAAGUUUGUGGUUCUGAGGGCUCUAACACCAAAAAGGGCGGAAGAGGUGGCCUACAUACUAGUGGAAAUAUUUCGUUGCUUGGAGCUCCAUCAAUUUUACAGUUCGAUUAAUGGCCGGGAAUUUACCAACAAUGUGGUGAACAGCCUAAAGGAGUACUGGCCCAAGUUGAAGAUCGUCCAUGGUAAACUGUGCCACUCACAAAGCCAGGGCAGUGUCGAAAGAGCUAAUCAAGACAUCAAAAACAUGCUAUGUGCUUGGAUGCAAGAUGAAAAAACUGACCACUGAGCUGAGGGAUUACGAUUCAUCCAACUUAUGAAGAACAGGGCCUUUCAUUCUGGGAUUAAGAGAAUGCCUUAUGAAGCUCAGUUGGGCUGUAAAGCUAAAGUGGGCCUCGCAACGUCUUCCCUACCCCCUGACGUUUUGCAAGACAUACAGACUGAGGAAGAACUCGAAAAAAUAAUAGAAAGGGUAAAAACAACAUAGCAGAAAGAAGCAAAUCGUCAUAUGCAAGAUACAGAGCCUACUACACAGCAUACUGAAGAGAAUGCAACCAAUAAUGUAGGAGACAAAAAAGAUUGCGACACCAUGGUUACCGAAGAGCCUUCCACUUCUGUUUGUUGUGUCUGCUUAUAAGAAAUCAGCGAUGCCCAUACAUGCUGAAACUGUCACCGUAAUGUUCAUGUUAUCUGUGGGCAUGCUGCUAAAGACGAUGGAGACGAAGAAAUAGAAAUUUAUGGUGUUGGUAUUUUGUGCAGUUUGUGUUUCAAUAUGAAGAGAGCUGUAGAGGCUAGAAAAGAAUCUAAAUCGAACCUUGAAAUCCAGGCCAAAAGAAUAAAAAUCAACUCUGACAAAAAAUUCCCUCCUGCACCUUUAGGAGCCACUGUGCGAGUUCCUAUUACUUGCAAGGGACGGGGUGACUCGCGCAAUCUGUUGGCAGUUGUUAUGACAGAGAUAGAAGACCGCUUUUACCGACUUGGAAUUGCACAAGGAAUCUUGAAAUUGUAUUCGAGAUCACAGUUCGAUGUAUGUCCAAAGAACUUAUUGAGAGUUGAAGACGUCCUUGCCCAUGAAAUAUCUCUCCGAUCUGCUGCUAUCUCUCAGUCAACAGGAAGUGGUCAAGGAUUCGUGACGUGUAUGUGCAAGCAGGUGCCAAAACAUACAGGUGUCUUUGUUUGAAAAAGAAAAUUAAGUGCUAUUCAAAAUGCGUCUCCCGCCUUACUUGCUGUAACAAGUAGCUCAAUGCCACCUUUGAUUUCCGGUUUCAUUGUUAUCUUUCGUUUUCAAAUAUGUUUUUGCAAUAAAAAACAUUUUCUUUACGCUCUUUUGAAACUUUGCCUGAAAUAUAUUUGUCAUUAUAUAUAAUUCCUAGUCAAUGUGUAAAAUGCUUAGGCAAAGUAUGUUGCUUAAUCAUGAAAAUAAAGAAUUUCAUACUUUGCCUCAAACUGCCAGGCAUUCUAUAUAAUGCCUAAAUAAUCUAUACAAUGCCUGCAUUUCACACAUUGGCGGUAACAUAUACAUCCAAUAGUUCCUGAAAGCACAGAUUUAAAAAGAAAUUCUACAAUGUGAUAUAAAUUAAGAAUGCAAAGAAAAAAAAUCCUAAAUCAAAAGUAGCACAUUUGAAACUUAUCUUUGUUUAAAAAAAAAAAAAAAAAAAUAAAACACAAAAUUAAAAAAAAAUUCUACAAAGUGAUAUAAAUUAAGAAUGCAAAGAAAAAAAAUCCUAAAUCAAAAGUAGCACAUUUGAAACUUAUCUUUGUUUAAAAAAAAAAAAAAAAAAACACUGUCAGAGUACCAGUACUAUGAAGUUUAUUAUUUUUUUUAAAUGUGUAAAUAAUUUUAAAAAGGUGAAAUAACAAUAAUCUGUAACUGUAAUUUUUGUGAAUACUUUGUGGAGGAGUGGUAAUUUUAAAAAAAAUAAUUAUUUCCCCUUUUUGACACAUUUUACAAAAUAUUUUAUAUUUUGGUCAAAUGCUCAUGAAAUAUUCUAAAUUAUGCAUAUGACAUACAAAAUGAAUUUUAUUUCUGAAUCAGCAAAUUUUAUUAAAUAAUUUCAAGUGGUAUGUUUUUUUUACCUUCUGUGCAUCUAAUCACCAAUUUUUUUUUACACAUUUUCAUAUUUUAAGUUAAGCACAAUUGUUUUCACAACUUCUAAUUUUUGACACUACAUGUUUUGAAACAAACAUUUUUAGAAACCUCAUGCAUUUUCCCACUAAUAUAAAUUAUAUAACAUCAUGAAUUUUAGACAUGGACUCAAGUUAUUGACUCUUUUGUAAGGGUUACUAGAAAUCUCAAUAAAAAUAUGAAAAAUUCAAGGAAUAUAAAGAGUGCAUGUAAAAUUAAUAUUUAAACUACAAAAAAUGAGAAUAGAAAUGGAAAGAAAUUGAGCACCACUAGUAAGAGAGUAUUUAAUAAUUAUUUUAAAUUCUUGAUUCAGUUCUUUAGAGAAAAUAAAUAAUUGAAAUUAUUGAGAAGGUUGGAUAUGACUUCUAACUAAAAAUAUAUUUACUUUUAUUAUAGGUUUACUUAAAGCAAACAUUUUAAAAUUUUUAAUUUGUUAAUUUGAAUUUUUUUUUAAAUGUAGAAAAGAUAUUAUUAGUCAGUUUUUAGAAUAAAUUAAAAUAAAGUUUAAUAAUCAUUCUCAAAUGAUAAGCCCUAUUCUCAAUGAAAAUAAUUGAAAAGACUAUGUUAAAGCCUGUUCUUAAAACUUAAUUUUAGUCCAGCAUCCUGCAUUCACUCAAGAGCCCAAAAGAUAUCAGUAAAGUUGUAGACAUUGACUGGGCAGGCUCGGACAGACCAGCACUUGUGACAUCUCACAGCUCUGUACACAUCUGUGAUAUAAGUAUGAAGUCAGCAACUUCUAGUGUAGAAAACUGGGACCUUCCAGGUACAUUUCUUUUUUGUUUUUUGUAUAUUGGCUUAAUUACUAUAUUUUGUAGACAAUGUCUCUUAAAAUCUUUUAAGAACGAGUUGGGUGAGAGUGAGAAAUAAUAUUUCUGAAUGGAUAUUAAGGGAACUUGUGUACAAGGAUUCCUUACACUGUAAGAACAAGUCAAAUAAUGUUUCAACGUUACAGGUUAAUUAUAGCACUGAGUGGACUAAUAAAAAAAACUUGAUAAAGAAGCAACUUAAUUUGAAAGAUUGACUUGCUCUUAAUGAAGAACUAAACUUUUUCAUUUGUUGAAAACCUUGCAUUAGCCAAUAGUGAAUACAUAUUCCUGUACAUAUUAAUAUUCUUUGUUUAAUAUACCUUAUGUUUUCUGGAGGAUCACAAGCAGUUUUUCCUUCCUACAGAUUUGUACAAACUUGUUCUUAAAAUUACAAAAGCUUAGCGAGCCAAUUGUUGGCAUAUCCAAAAAUUGAAAAGAAUAAGCAAAAUAUGUUGCUAAAGAUUACAUGUCUUUAUAGAAAUGGUUCCUGGAAAUUUAGGAGGCCACCACUUCACAAAGAAUACUAAAGAUUUAGGUAAAUAUCUAUUGUCUUCUCAGAGCCAAUGUUCAGUCCACAUUUGCUACCUGCACGCCUGUCUCAAUUGAUCAAGUGUUUACUUCAGCAUCAGCCUUGGAGAGAAAAAUAUACACUCUCUGUAACAGGUGUGUUGGAUCAUGACAGGCCUUCACAAAAACGGGCCAAUGCACAAUUACAACUGAUUGAAAAGUAAGUGCUUUUAAAGGGGAUGAUUUUAGAGAACUCUUUCUUCUCUGCCUGCAGAAAAAAAGGAACAUAGGAUUGGGGGGUGGUGUAAGUAUUUGUAAAGGGACAGACUAAAUCUGAAUGGCUAGUUUAAUCUGUUGCUUUAAAAUGUAAAACUGUUAUCAAACAGUGCAAAAAAAAAAGAAAGGAAAAUAUCAUUAAUUAAAUCAAAUAGAGAACUGAAAGAUAGGGCUAAUUACAAGUAACUAUUUAUUUAUACUAACAUAUUUGAUUUCAAAGUACAAAAUCAAAUAUAUAGAAAUAAAAAAUCUAUUAACAUACACCAUGUAAAUAAGAUAAGAUAUCAAUCCACACACACACUCGGGGAAAAUCUUGUAAUAUUUGUAGGUCAAUUAUAUCUCUGAUAUGUCGACUAGGCAUUGUUUAUUGUCUUAUUUAUAGUCUAAAGAGGAGACCUUUCUAGAAUCUUACCUUAAGUCCGGAAGAGUAAGGCAGAUGUAUCUAUUUCUAUUUAAAACCCUCUAAUAGGUUCAAGAGAAACUGUGCUUAUACCAUUGCCUGCUAAACGAAGACAAAUUAAUUAGUGUAGCCAGUAAGACAAACAACAAGAGGAGGAAGGGGAGAUAACAGCACAAUGCUAUGCAAAAUUGGGUUAACAAAAUAGAUGAGACUAUAACUUUUUCUUUUUUAUCCUUAAUUAACAAUUACAAUUUUUAGGUAGAUUAGGGUAACAGUAUUUAAUAUUGACCAGUAAUCAAAAUAUUUCCUGUUCAACUGAAAUCUAUUAAUUAUAAUAUUAAUGUUGCAUGACUUCUAUGAGUUCAUAGAGGUGCAUAAAUAACCUUUAUUGUGCCACCCCAAUAUACGAACAUGUUUCCUCAUUUACUUUUAAACCAUAGUCCAACACUUAACAGAUCCUGUGCAUCUUAAAAUGGCUAAAUCUCCAAUGCUGAAUAAUUUAAAUAUCCAUCAAUUUAUACAUACAUAUAACACAACCAUUAAUGUAUUGUCAUCAGAGAGCUGACAGAUUAUCUACCACAUGCAAAGUUUGGAACAGCUCAUCGCUGUCUACUUGUUGCCAGGUUAGAAUAAGUUAUAACGAUCAAUUAUGAUGGUAACCAUUACGAUUUUGAAAUCUCUUUUAUGAUUGUAUGCCUGUCAGAACUAUGAUUUUAAGAGAUAAGAUUUUUUAAAAGGUUACGCCGGGUGGGGGGGGGGGGCGUCUAAAUAUUUUACAAGGCUAUUAAAAUAAGACGGCUAAGUUUCAUAAAGAUGCUGAUGACCGUCCUAUUGUUACUUUGUUUUUUUAACUAUGAUUUUAAGAGAUAAGAUUUUUUAAAAGGUUACGCCGGGUGGGGGGGGGGGGGCGUCUAAAUAUUUUACAAGGCUAUUAAAAUAAGACGGCUAAGUUUCAUAAAGAUGCUGAUGACCGUCAUAUUGUUACUUUGUUUUUUCACAUUGAAAUGACUAGAUAUUGCAACAGCAAUAUUUAGCGUAGUCGCCCUAGUGAAAAAUUUUGUUAACAUUCUGCUUUGUUUGCUUCUGGGCUUUAUGAUGUAAUUUUGUUAAGCUGAACUUCUAUCAUUGUGAAAACUGAGAUAACUGGAUUUUUUGUUGUUUGAAUGCAUUCUCAACUGAUAUGCACAGCAACCUUAGAUUUUGACAUUUUUUAUAAGAUCUAUUAAGCAGCAUUAAAAAAAAUUAAAAUAUAUUUUUAGAAAUUACAAAGCAGCUGUUUGAAUUUAAUACCUUACUUUUUGUUCCAGUACUCCUCCUCUUCCCUUUUCCAUACAGCUUGUUGUAGUUUUUAAGAUUAUAAUACCAUUCAUCUACUUUUGAAAGGGAACAUUUUUUUUUACAUCAGUUUAACUCGAUAUGUCGCAAAAAGUAAUACAAGUAGUUACUGUAUACUUACAGUAUAAUCUUACUAUACCAUCCAAAAAUAAUAAUAAUAAUAAAGUUUAUUUGAAAAUCACGCUUCAUCCCCAAAGGCUCGAAACGUGGUACAAACUCAACCAUAUUAAAAGAGAUAUUAAAAAAUCUAUAUUAUACCACAUUGAAAGACAAAAUGCAACAUUACAAAAACUACAUACGAGAAUACCCAUUCUAAGUCUUUCAUCUGUUGCAAACAUAAACAACAAAGGCCAAUUUACGUCUAGGAGACAAUAGCCAGCUGGAAAAGAUGGUAGACAACCUCACCCCAGCAGGUGUUUGCGAAAUAGAUGUGUUUUCAAUUCAGUUUUGAAAGACUCCAGUGUCUGGCUGUUUCUGAGAGCAUCAGGAAGUGUGUUCCAAAUUGUUGGGCCAGCAAAUGUGAAAGUGCACCUUCCGUAAGUCUCCAGGCGAACAAGUGGUAUCGAGAGUUUGCCACUGUCAGAUGAGUCGAGUUGUCUAGUAGGUACAUAAGUCGUCAUGAGCGCUUUGAGAUAGGAGGGUGCCAGUUCAUGCAAGCAGCGGUAGCACAAAGUUGCAAUUUUGUACUCUAUGCGAGCGCGGCCUGGCAGCCAAUGCAACUCUCUCAGAAGUGUUUUAAUAUGGUCAAAUUUGCAUUUGCGAAGAACAAUGCGAGCCGCAUUAUUCUGUGCUUUUUGAUUUUUAUCCAGGAGUGUAGCUAGAAGACCCACCAUGAGAGCCUUGCAGUAGUCCAUGCGUGAUAGAUCGAAUGUAGACAUCAGUCUCUUUGUUGCAUCAAACGUUAAGAAAGGUCUGAUUUGACUAAUUCUGCGCAGCUCUAGAAAAAUUGCCUUGCAAAGCAUGUUAAUGUGAUUUUGCCUGGUAGUGUUCUAUCCAAGUAGACACCCAAGUUUCACACUAUUUGAGCAAACUCAAUGUGUAUACCUGAGAGAGUAAGGGAUGAUGUGUUAUUUACAGAUUUUAGCUUUUGAACGGUAGCAAUGGGGAUCAGCUCAGUCUUUUCAUCGUUCAAUUUGAGUUUGUUUAUGUUCAUCCAGUGCUUAACUGACUUGACUGUCUUCUGCGUUAUAAUAAUAAUAAUAAUAAGAGGUCGUAUAUAGCCGGUACCCCAGCCUAGGGCUGGGCUCACCGCGCUGUACAUAAAAUUUUUAUCAAAAGAGACAUAAUCAUGACGUAAAAAUAAAAUACAUUUUUGAAAUAAAGAACAGCAAUGUAUAUUCACCCACCCCACCACAUAACUUUUACAAGGCAAACCAUGGACGGCAGCCAGCAAGAUCGUUUAUCGGUCAGAGGAGGGGAAUCAGUCAGGGUAGUAUAAUUUAAAAAGAUAUGUUUUGAGUGCAGUUUUGAAGGCCUGGGUGGUUGGUAUAUUACGUAUGUGAAGGGGCAAAGAAUUCCAUUGUUUGGGGGCGCAGAAAGAGAAAGAUUGUUCACCAUAUGUUUUAGUGUGUGUCUUGGGAACGGACAGAAUACGCGUGCCUGCAGAGGAGCGAAGCUGUCGAAGGGGUGAAUAGACAGAAAGAAGUUCGGUUAAAUAGGAAGGGCAGGAAUUUAAGAAAAAGUUGUGACAGAGAACAGACAACAUGUAGUCGAUGCGUGCCUGUAUAGGUAGCCAAUGAAGGGAAUGGAGUAGUGGAGUGACGUGAUCACAUUUUUUUGCCUUUAAAACUAGUCUAGCAGCUGAGUUUUGAACUUUCUGCAGUUUUUCUGCAGUGUUUUGGUGAACCUGACAGAAGAGAGUUGCAAUAGUCAAGACGGGAGAACAAGAGCACAGACUAGAGUUUUUGUAGCGCUAACUGUGAGGUAGUGGCAUAUGGAGCUGAUCUGACGGAUAGUGGUUUAUGCUGAACGACAAAUGUGAGAUAUGUGUUUAUCGAGAGACAUGUUGUUAGAAAGAAUAUAACCAAGAUUCCUAGCAGAGUGUGUAAACCGUACGUCAGAGUUACCUACUUGAAAUGAGGUAGGAAGAGUUGAGGUAGAGGAUGAUGUGUGAUUGUGGAUGAGGAGUGCUUCUGUUUUGUCAUCAUUAAGCUUCAACUUGCUGAGUGUCAUCCAUGACUUGACAUCAUCAAUGCACCCCCACAAAGUCUGGACAGCGGAUUCAACAAGAGAAGGAUGGGUAUGCUUGUAUAGCUGCGUGUCAUCUGCAAAUGACUGGCUCUCAACAGCAUGCCUCCCAAGCAAGAGGAGCAGUGGUCUGGUAUACAAUAUGAAUAGAAUCGGGCCUAACACGGACCCCUGUGGAACUCCGUACACCAAAUCAGCGCUGCCUGAGAGAAGCUGAGGGAACUGAGAGGGGAUCAUGGACUGCUGAAGUUAGGUAUCAUCCGCUAACAUGUGAUAUAGCAUGUCAAACUGCUUGGUCACUGCACCCAGUGGCUGAACGUACAUAAUGAAAAGCACCAGGCCUAGGACAGGGCCCUGUGACGGUAUCGGUAAAACCGAAUGUUUUUUGCAGAUGCUGGAGAAGUAUGCCAUGGUCAAGCGUAUCAAAUGCUGCAGAUAGAUCAAGUAAUGACAAAAGGGAUACCUUGCCCCACCUCAAGAUGACAGAAGGUCAUUUACGACGCGCAACAGGGCUGUCUCAGUAGAGUGGUGCGCCUGUAUGCUUUACAAUACCAUAUCAUAAUAGUAAAUAAAUAAACAUACAGUAUAUUUUUUAAUUUAUUUUCUAUUAUGAUAUGGUAUAGUACUAUUUUGAGAUGAUAUUGUACUAUUUUGGAAAUUCCAGGUCUGUGAUAAUCAACAUCUUUGUUUAUAUUUUUUUAUUUGAUUUUCUUAGGCAUUUAAAAUAUUUCUUUAUGUUAUAUUUUUUAAUUAUUAUUUUGUAAAUGUUUUAAACUAUAGUCACUUGUUCUUUUUAGACUAUUUGGAGAUGAAUCUGAAGUUCACUUCUGGACAGUGGCUUUACAUUACUUGCGGUAUUUCCGAGCUCAAGGACCAGUUAAGGUAAUGUACCUGCUUAAUAGGAAUAUUACUAAAAUAAAAUAAAUUUAUAUAAAUUUUAUAUUUUACCUGAUUUUGUAAGACUAAUAGAAUAUUACAGACUGUUUUAAAAGCUCAUAUAAGUUAUUAAAAUAUCUGCCCAAAAUGAUUAAAAAAAUUUUUUUUUAAUUGUUUGAGAAUUGUGUUUAAUCCAUUGUAAAAAAUGUACACUUCAGGGAGAUAAUACACAGGAAGCUGUAGGUGAGCUAUUUAUCCCCCCUACACCAGCAUACAAAGAAACACGUGAUCUUGUGAUUUUAGAUGAGGACUUUGAUAUUCAGAAAAUUCAAUCAGCAUUAUUCAGAGACCAGCCUUUGGAGAGGUGUUAUGACACAUUGUGUGACAACCAAAGUUUUAAGGUAGUGUAUUGAAAACCUUAUAGUGGGCAUUGAUAUGGUCAACAUUUUGUUUUUUUGUUUGUGUGGUCCUGCGGCACAUUAGUAAAUGCCUUACUCCAGUUUCAAACAGUUAUUUAGUUACCCCAGCUAAAUAUUAAACUUUAUCAAAUUUUAUGCUUGCUAUCAAUUCAACUAAAUUAAAAUCAGAUAACUUUAUUUUAGCUAUGAUGAACUUUUAAUAUUAUUUACAGCAACACCUUUAUUUUAUAUCAAAUUAAAAACCUAAGUUAAGCAUAGCAUAGCCUUUAUUUAGUUUGCUAACUCAAUUAUGCAACAGAAAAGCAUAAGUGUGUAAGGAAUAUACAUUUAAAAAACAAAUAUGGAUACUUUAGAAGAAAUAAAUUUAAUCUAAAAAGAAUGAAAAAAUGGUGGACAAUAAAAUCGUGUUACUGGAUUUACAGACUGAAGUUAAUAAUGGACAGUAUAAUAAUUUUUUUUUAAAAUGUCCCUUAUUCAACACUGAAGUUAAAAAUAAGGUUUAGGGGAUAAAUAUUGUUGUUAGAUGUAAGCUUAAAGCACAAAGACAAAGAUGUUUUUGAAAUACAAUUCAAGAGAAAAUGGAUGUAAUUUUAAGUGGAUGUAAAAUGAUUAUCUAAUGGGUUUUCUUGGUGUUACGCACUGCCUUCUUUAGUGAGAAAUUAAUCUCUUAGUUUAAGUUAUUGGCUCGUUCUAAACAGUGCCUAACAAAGGACGAUACCAUAGAGAAAUACAGUAGCAAAAAUACGACACUCAAAACAGUACUAAUUACAAUUAAUAAGAUUUAUUUAAGUAUUAAUAUAAUUACAAAACAAAAAAAUAUAAUUAUAAUCAUCAACUUACAGAGUAUGGGAUGUCUUGUACCGGUACACAGUUAGUACAAUGUGUCAAUCAAUAAUGUACAAUGAUGAAUGCGAAUAAACACAUAUGAGUACACACAGAAUAAUACACUUGUCUCGUGAAGUGAAAAAUAUCUCUAUCAAUCUCUUCUCUUCUUUCAAUUCCCCGGUUUUAUAUAUAUGGGUAUCGCCUGUUUCUAAGAAGAUUCGGGGGCAGAAUAUACAUUGUAGUCGUGACUUGAAUCUUCUACACAUUUCUAUAAUUUACUACAAUUUUGUAGCACAUUCGAGUCAAGACAAACAGGUGAAGACAAACAGGUGAUAGAUUGUUUUGUGGUAAAAAAAGAUAAAAAGAAAUAGGCCACGCCCAAACUAACGCGGUCUAAUUUGGGGCCAAACAGAGUUCAGGGCACGGGGAAAGUGUGAAGUAAACACGUCCUACAUAACACUUGGUUUUCUUGGGUUUUUUUUUGUAGAUUAAUUAGACACGAACAAUUUGUGUCAAUAUAACAAUAUAAGUUAAGCUUUAAUAAUAAUUUUACAUAAUAAACAAGUAUUCGUUUCGGCACAUGCCUUCAUCAGUACAACAACAAAAGACAAUUAAAUAAGUAUAAAUUAAAUAAUAUACAAAAUAGAUAUAUAUACAUAUAUUCUACCUAAAAAAGGGGGAGAAAAAAUAGGAGUGGGCGAAAAAAACAGACAGAAACAUAGUAAAGAAGAAUGGAAAGGAAGUGACUUAGAGUAAAAUGUAAAAAGGGAAACAGGAAAAAGAAAUGGCAGUUACGUAAAAUUGUGGAUUUGGUUUAUCCCGUAGGGAGUCAACGUACCAAAUCUUGUUAUCAAUUUAUUCUUCAUAUAGAUUCUAUCCUAUGUGUUACUAGUAUAUAGUAUACCAGUAACUGCGAUGUCUAAAAUUCCAUCAUGGUUAGUGCUAUUGAAAUGUUUGGAAACUGGACAGAGUGCCUGUUUAUUUAUGUAGUAGAGGUGUUCUCUAAACCAGUCUCCGAGGCGACGACCUGUCUCUCCUACGUAUAAUUUACCGCACAUUUUACAAAGGAUGGUGUAAAUCACGUUGCAACUUGUGCAGGUAAAGCCAUCUUUUAUUCUGAAUAUUUCUAGAGGGAAAGUGAUCUUAUCAACUUCAAUCAUGUAGGGACAUGUUUUGCAACGGCUACGGUUACAACUUUAGGUGCCUUUAUGUGCUUUGAUAGCAGGUAGGUGGCUUCUAACUAGCAUGUCCCUAAGGCUCUUGUCCCUCUGGAAAGCGAAAAGAGUAGGUUUUCUGAAAAUCUCAUUGGUGAUCGGGUCUGCCAUAAGAAUUGAGCGGUUUUUCAGAACCAGAAAACGAGCUUUAAGGUUAUGGGGAUGAAAAGUAAGAAUACAUUUAGACCUAUCCCCUACUGUCAGAAUGAGUGGCUUUAAAAGAAUCCUGUCUAGUCAUACCUUUAACUGGAGUGACAGCUGCUUUUAAAAUUUGUUCAGGAUAACCUGCGUCGGAAAAAAUCCAACAUUUCUGCAGUCCUUUCCCUAAAUUCCUCAUCAUUGCUACAGAGUCUUCUCAUUCUCAGCCACUGAGAAAAAGGGAUGGAGUUUUUGCAUGAUUGAGGAUGGGAUGAUGAAUAUAGUAAGAAACUGUGACUCUCUGUUUUCUUAUAGAAAAUGGAUGUAGAUAUGAUGUUCUCUUUAAGGUUAAUUUUAAGUCCAAAAAAUUGACAGUACUUUUAUGGAUCGUUGAAUUGAAUUCGAUUGUUAGAUGAAAAUGUCCAAUAAAACUUUCUAGUUGUGUUAUGUCCAUAUUGGUAAUCCCUAUGCAGUCAUCUAUGUAUCUUCUGUAGUAUUCUGGGAAAGGACCUAUGUUGUGUUCUCUCCAAAGAUGUUCCAAAUGGCCCAUAAAUAGACAUGCAUAACUUGGUCCCAUUUUUGUUCCCAUGGUAACGCCACUGAUCUGAUAAAAAAAUUUGCCAUUAAAUUCAAAUGAGUUAAGCUGUAACACCAGUUCUGUCAAACAUUUUUUCCCCCCACUCCUAUUUUAUCUCCCUUUUUUUUAGGUAGGAUAUAUGUAUAAAUAUAUACUAUGUAACUUUAAGUUAUACUUAUUUAAUUGUUUUUUUUGUUGUUGUACUGAUGAAGGUAUGUGCCGAAACGUAUACUUGUUUAUUAUGUAAAAUUAUUAUUAAAGCUUAACUUACAUUGUUAUAUUGACACAAAUUGUUCAUGUCUAAUUAAUCUAUUUUAAAGCUUUAUCGCAGUACAACACUUUUUAUAAUUAGUUAAUUUUUUUUUGUGUGUACUUAUGGUCAUGUAAUAUUUUUCAUACCAAUUUACCUUAUUUAACACUUGUGACUACUGGCCAGAGCUGUGAUAUUAAAAACAAAUUGUCAUAAAUUAAUAAGUAAUUUCAUCCCUGAAUAAGAAAUCAGAAAUCAUUUUACUGUUGAUGUAAUUCUUUAGGGUUCGUUUGUUUCAUUGAGAUGUAUUGUGGUAUAUUUGUUGUAUGACAGAAAUACCAGCUGGACCGGGUACAUCUUCAAGAUAGUAAACGUGCAACAAUGGAUCACACUCAGAAAUGUGCAGACAGCUACGUACAGCUUGGUCAGAGUGACAGAGCUGUGCAGUUGUUAUUAGAAACUGAAUCAGAUUCUGACAAUUACUACAUUGAUUGUCUUAAGUAGGUUACAACUUAUAGAAAUAACAAAUAGGUUACUUAUAAUAGGAAUUAUAACUGCACCUAAUCUACCUAAUGUGGGGCUGGCGGACCUGCUCAAACCUUUUCAUUUGUAAGAGUGUUUAGGGACAGGAUGAUAAGGGGCUAUAAAGCAAUUGGGUGUGAUUGUUAACUUCAUAAAAUUUGUAGUAGUUUGGUUUAAUUUGACAUUAAACAAUAAGGCCAUGAGAUCACCUAACUGCUCCACUAACACGACUUUGACAUAGCCUUAUUUAAGAAACCUUGCUCAUAGAGAAACUUUUCACAUCACAGAAUAUUUUCUUUAUCGCGGCAAGUGAGGCUCUAUUAUAAAUUAUUGGCUAGGACUUUGAAGAGCGAUUAGCUUGACCCAUAAAGAUAAUGAAUUAAUAGUACUAUAAAAUGACCUUGUUCAGAAAUAUUAUUUUCCUCUGUUAUUAAAAACCUUCUAUAUUAGGGGUUUUAUUUUAAGAGUAUUGAUCUUUUAAAACCAGGAUCACUAGUUUUAAUUAAUAACUAUCUUAAAUUUGCCUUGUCAGAGCUUGUCUUGUCGCCAGUAUAAGAUCUUCAGGUGCAUCUCAAAGUACUAUCAAAUUGGUGGCUACAAACCUAAUUGCAAGUGGUCGUCUCACAGGUAAUAUAUUAAUUUAAAAGAAAAUCUUAAUGGCUUUUCAUUUUCUUUUGUAUUAGCAUUAAUAAGGAAUUUUUAAAGUUUCCAAUUUACUAAUGUAAACUAAGUGCUGCUAUAAUUCUGUAUAGAUUUUGUUUCAUUAUUAAAAUGAGUUUUUGAUAAAGAUACUGUAGCCCUGACAUGUUAGGUGCCAUUGUGUAAACUACUUAUCAGCACCUCCCUGACUUGCUAAUCAUACUAAGACUGUUUAGCCGACCCUUUUCCCUUAACACAUGGGGCUAUGUUGUAAUAAUAACUGUAGUAAAUUUUCAAAAUAUGAUUUUGUUUGAAAAAUAGACAAUGAUUUUUAUUCUGCUCAUGACCACAUUAAAAUGGUGUAAAUUUUAUAAAUUUAUAAAAUUAUUAAGGACAAUUUUUAGACUCAAACUUUUUCUUCUUCUAUUUAUUUUUCUAUAUAUUAAGGGCCCACGAUUAAUUUAUUGAUCAUUUUGGCUCCUAUGCAUGUAGAGGGGAUUUGCAGUGUUUCUGUGCCUGGUGUUGAUUAGGAUAUUUUACUGAUUGCAAGUGCUACUUUUUGAGGGAAUCAUGCACUUGGGGUUGGAAGGCUUUAAUUAUAAUACUCUGACAUGAUGUUUAUGUACCAUAAAAUCACUAGUUUGGCACCUGUGUGUAGCAUUUAAAUAGAGCAGACAUUUGCAAACUCAAUUUUCACUUUCCCAUAAUACUAAUUAUUAGUUCUGCUUUGUUGUUCAUUUAAUGGCUGGUUGUUGCUUUUCUACAAGUAAGAAUAAUAAAAUCUUUAUAUUUUCAAUUGAAAAACAUUUAUUAUUUUGUGAUCUUUAACUCUUUAGAGGGUGUCCAGCUCUUGUGUCUUAUAAAUAAAGGUCUUGAUGCUUGUCGUUACCUCCAGACCUAUGGAUCAUGGGACCAUGCAGUGUGGCUAGCCAAGGUAGCGUUUUUCUCAAUAAUAUAUACAAUAAUGUGAGGGUAUUCUAUUCAUUAAUCUAUACAAUGUGAGGGCAUUCAAUUUAACUAGCCAAACAAUAAUGAAAGGGCAUUCAAUUUAACCAGCCAUACAAUAAUGAGAGGGCAUUCAAUUUAACAAGCCAUACAAUAAUGAGAUCAUUCCAUGCUAAAAUCUUUAACACUGAGAAGUUUCCAAAGUAUUUAAAGAUCAAUUUAAAAAAAAGAACAUCUGUUCUCUUAACAGAUGUUAAGAUAUUCCAAUCAAAUACAUUUUUCAAGUUAAUCUUCAAAUACUUUGGAAAAUUCUCACUAUGUUAAAGAUAUUAUGAGACUUAGAAUAGUUGUUAAGAUAUUCCAAUAAAAUAAAAGGGUUAUAAUAUCUUAACAUCUGUUCGAAGGCUUAGAAUAUCUAAACAUCUGUUAUUAAGGUUAGAAUUUAAAAUUGAAAGAAUGUGUCAUUUUAAAAUUAUGGGCAGUUUGGUAAAAUUUCAGCUUGUAUCACCAAAUGUUAAGUGAGAAAAAAAUUAAUUUACUUAUGUCUUAUGAUUUCAGGCAAGUUUAGAGACCACUGAAUGCACAGAAGUAAUGAAAAGAUGGGCUGAAUACUUGAGUAGCACACAAGUUAAUCAAAAGGUUGUAAUUAAGUGUCUUUUAUGUGUAUAAAAACAAAAAAAUAUAGUGGUAUUAAAUAUUAACUGUGUAUUGUUCAUUUUAUAUAGUUGUACUGGGUAAAGAUAUAUUUAAUUAGCAAAUUUUCAUUAAAUUUAUUUUUGUUUUAAUUAAGGCAAAGAACUUUCACUAAAACUAAAAGUCAUUACUUUCCAUUAGUUUGAUAUAUGUAAUUAUGUAAACAGAAUGCAUCCUAUCCCUCAUUCUAUUCAUGCUCACUUUUGAUUUAAUCAUUAAAAAAAGGCAAUGGGGCUUCAGAAAAAGGUAUCUAUGGAAAAAUCAGGCUCAAAAUGAUUUUUUAAAUGAAAUUUUACUGUUGACCAAUACAAAUCAAUGCCUGCAAAAGAUAACCAUUAGCCUGGAACAGGAAGCAUGUAAAGUAGGCCUGAUGAGCUAGAUUAAGAAAAGAAAAAAUGAGUUUCCAAUGUCACACCUCAGUUCAUACAGAAUCAUUGAACUCUCAAAGAUGUUGAUAAAUGUAUUACCUUGGCAGUACAAUCUCUAAUGAUUAAGACAUUAAAAUAUAUAUUUUAAGUAGAGAUGGAAAGGCUUCAUUAUUAUUUAAUAAUUUAUUUUCAAUUUUUUCUGUAUAAAAUAAAAUUUCUAUACAGUAAAGCUCCAUCUGCAUGGCAGCAUAGGCACCCGAGCUACUAUGUAUGCCAUCAAGACUAAGAAUACAGGAAGCUGUCGAGACUAAGAAUACUGACCAAUAAUUAUUAAAUUUAUUCCAUCAAGUAUAACAAGGAUCACAUUCUGUGAUCAACUAAAAAAACAAAGGAGGUGCGGAACUCAGAUUAUGACAAUGACUUUUGUAGAAAGAGCUUUGCACCUACCCCCACAGCCCAUAGGGGUCGUCCGUUAAUUAUGUCAACAAAAUAGGGGGGUUUGGAAAUGUUUGACAAUUGUUGACAAGGGGGGCUGGAGAAGAGGGGUGCAGCUGGUUGUAGUGCUGGGCCGUCUGCUGGAACGGGUUGACAUGACUGUAGGGGUCAACCUGGUGAUGGUGAAAGUCUACAGGCUGUUGGGGUUGGUAGGGAGGAGGGAAGUAUGGAGGCUGGAAGUCCGCUGCCCCCGCGGGCGUGUGGCUGAGUCGGGGGGCGCUCGAAAACGAGCCCGAACCCGAGCUGACAAGAUGACCGAACCCACCAUGGGAUCCCACCAGAUCUGGGCGCCGAUCCUGAAACAGUAAAAAAUAUCGAUUAGUANUUCGAGGGCCUCGUUUCGAGUAACUUCUGCCUUUUUCACUCCUCCAAACACUGCUGUACGCCAGUUGGAGCGAUGUUCGGCAAUGAACUCCCAUUCGUUUGUUUCAAUAUUGGCUUCCCUCAUGCUUCGUUUGCAAACGUCAAUAAAUCUCAGGCGCGAUCGUCCAAUAUGUCUUGUCCCCUCUUGAUAAGAAAAGAGAAUAUGCUAAACAUGUGUGCACGUUCCAAGACCUCCACGUUAGGCACCCUGUCCUGCCAACGAAUGCGAAAAAUGCGACGCAGACAUCUUUGAUGGAAGCUGUUGAGUUUCCGCUCCUGACUGGUAAAUGUGGUCCACACUCCGCUACCAUAUAGGAGCAUGCUAAGCACGCAUACCUGAUAUACACUUAUUUUUGUCAAUAUAAGAUUUAUUUAAUAUGUGCACUGCUGAUAGCUGAUCAGAAUGUAUGCACAUUUAGUUAAUGCAAGAGAAGUCAAAAGUUGGCCUCUCUUCGACUGUAGAUUCUGUUUGUUGCAAAUGACUAGGGCGGUAUUUUGCGGUCAUGUUGCAGGUACGGAACAAGAACAAGGUUCAAGAGUCAUGUGUUGUCAAGAUAAAUGGUAUUGAUAGCAAGAGUCAUGUGCGGUCAAGAAAAAUGGUAUUGGAUAAAGAGUAGGAAUAUAUUUUGAGAAUUAGUGGAAAUUAAAGUUAGAAACAAUAAUAGCAUCGCUUCUUGAACGGAUUUGAAAAAUCUGUAACAUCUGUUUUGCACCACAAGUCAUGUUGAAAUAGCAAGUUUAACAGUACAGAGAAUGCAUAAGAAAUUAUCACCUGCUCCUUAACAAAAAAGGAUUCAACUAAUGCAAGUAGCUGACAGGAGACAGAAAGAGCUUAUGGCAAUUAUUGCUGAAAAUGCUUUUAUUUUAAGUGCUAAAUGGUUAGAUGAGGAUGAUGUUGACUUUUCUGGUAUAUCACUACAUCAGUUCCGCAAGAUGAAAAUCAGCUACCAUGCCCAUUGUUAUGAUAGAGCAACACCUGGCUAUUCACCGGGAAGAUGCUGGCGACUAGAAAUUAUGCUACAAUUGUCAGCCAUACUGACAAUAAUCAUAUUUCUACUUCCACAAACAAUGACAUUUAGUCUUUAACAACUUUUUCAUUGAUUCUGCAUUAUAAAAUGUCAGUGUAAAAACUUUUUAACUUGUUGAUUAACAAGCUAAAGAUGUAAUAAAAUGUUUUUCCUAAAAUUUUGUAUUAUUAAAAUAGAUUAUCACAAGGUAAAAUUUAUUUAUAUAUUUAUUUAUAUUAUAAUUGAUUUAUUUUCUUAUUUGUUAGGGGGGGGGAUACAAAUGUUGACAUAAUUACUUAGUGGGUGGGGGGGGGGUGUCACUGAACGUUUGACAGUUGUUGGGGGGUAAAAAUUGUUGAUUUAAAUAAUGUAAUUAAUGGACUAUUUAUUUUCUUAUUUGUUAGGGGGGGGGAUACAAAUGUUGACAUAAUUACUUAGUGGGUGGGGGGGGGUGUCACUGAACGUUUGACAGUUGUUGGGGGUUAAAAAUUGUUGAUUUAAAUAAUGUAAUUAAUGGACGGCCCUAUAGCUGUGUUACUCUAUUCUGUUCCUUAAGAAAUGAGGAAGACUUUGAAGGAGACUUUUUAAAGGAUUUGAAAAAUAGGACAUCAGCAGAUGUAAAAUCAAAUUAUAAUACUUUUAUUGAAAAUACAAAACAAAUCUGUUUUAAAUUUAAUUGAUUAUUCUAAGGAAAAAAUUAAGAAAUGAGUGACAUGCCGCUGAACUUAGAAGAAAAAUUGUUUUGAAAUAAUAAUUGUUUUUUUGACAGAGCAAAUCUGUUUUAGUCCUGCUGAGUUUGGGGCAUUUCUAUAAAGUUCUUGAAGUGCUCUACAGUAUGAGAAACUUUGAUAAAGCUGCCCUCUUCCUGGAAGCAUGUAUUCAGUUUGACUUAUUAAAACUUGUGGAUCAGACACGUAAGAAUAUAUAUAAAUAAUUAGUGCCUUUUUUUUUUACAUUUGAGUGAUGAAUUAAAAUUUUAUUUCAAUUAAAUGUUAAUCUUUGUCUUGACCUCUACCAAAUUUACCACAGUAAUCUAACCCUCGAUCUACGAGUCUUCCUUUUUUAAAAGUCUGUUUUUAGAUUACCGGUAACAUUUUUAAGGCUCCAGCCUGUACCCAUUUCAAUACUUCUGCCUAAAAUAAUUUAAAAUGAUUGUUGUUCUUUUGCUUGUCUGUAGUGCCCCUAUCUUGAUAUUCAGAUAUUUAAAAUAUGCCUGCUCCCCUCCAGUCUAUUUUUUAAUUUUCAAUGAACUAACAAUUUUUAAAUAGUUUAAAAAAAAUAUUUUUGUUUAAAUUGUCACAGAGUCAUUAUAUGAGGCAAUUUAUUUGGAAUAUGCACGCUAUCUCAUCAACCUUGGACUUGGACAGGCUGCAGAAUAUUAUUGCCACAAAGCUGGAGAAAAGGGCCAGCAACUCCUUAAAGAAGUGGAAAUACUUUUUCCAUCAGGAAGAACUUUUUAGUACUUAUACCCAGUUGUUAUUAAUGACCAGAAAUGUAUGUGAUAUUUAUUAUGUCUGUUUGAUUUGUCACAGUCCCAAUGAAAAUACAGCCAGGUGUUAAACUCAAAUACAAAUUUUUUACUUACUUAAUGUUUUAAAACUCAGUUACUAACAAAAUAAUUAAUUAAUAUGAUUGAGAUAUUAUUCUUAAAAAUCUAAUUGAAAUAGCUUUAUGUUUAUCAAUAGUUGUGGAAGUUAUAAUAAGAGAGGAAACAUUGUACAUCUGCUUUUCAUGGCUAGAGAAUUCUUAGAAAUUUUAAACAGUCAGAAAGAUAAUGUAGUCAUGUAAAUUAUAUUUUUAUAAACUAGCAUGAUGGGUAAGUCUGGAUGGUUCAGUGUCUGAAGUCAAUGGUGUUGGCUAUCUUAAGUCAUAGCCAUUUUUUUGUUUUCUUAAAGCUUUUAAUUUAAUGCAUCUAACCUAAAUAUGUAGAAGGAAAGCUAAGGUAAAAAACUUAAGUAUUUUAUUAUUUACUCCAUGUUUAAAUUAAAUAAUUCUUAAAAAGAAUUUAAGUUUAACUUUUUUUUUUUAGAAAUAUGAAAUAUUUUCUUGAUGAAAAGAAAAAUAUAUUACAUGAUUUCACAUCCUUUUUUUUAUUCAUAAAAAAUUUCUGAAAUAACUUAUUUUAAAAAAGGAUUAAAUUUUUUCAUAAAUGUAAAAUAUUUCUUAUCAUAAAAAGAAAUAUGUAUAAUUAUAAUCCUUAAAAUAUUUCCAAAAUUAUUAUCAAAUUCACGACCAACAAUAUUUGGAUUGUUUUAAAAUGAAUUUAGAAGAAAGCAUUGCUAUGCUGGCCAUUUUGUUGGUCCUGUUGAUAAAACAGAUCAAUCAAGAGUGCAUCAGAUUUUCAGAUUUUGAUAUACCUAUUAAAAUGACUGUUGAGUUUACUAACUUAUUAAGAAGGCUUUAAAUGUUCAUCAUUAUUUCAAACAUUAUAUUAACUGUGGUAAUAACAUUCACAGACAUUGAAUGUAAAGACAGGUGAAAGUAAAUGUAGCUUUUAAACAUCACAACAAAUCUAUGAAGAUUAUGAUUAAGCCUCCUUUUCCUUACACUUAAAAGCUAGAAAGUUAAACAAAGAUAGAUUAAAUAUUGCUAAAAUAUAACGAUUAAUGUAAAAAAAAGUUAACAUAGAAGUGAUGGAAUUAUCUUUUUAUAACCAUUAUUUUAAAAUGUUUGGACUUUAUAACUAGCCCAGAAAAUACAUAAUGACUAUGUUUCAGUUAAUUAAUGUAAUUAAAAUAAUUAAUUAUUGCAACCCAGAGCUAUUUUUGGUAGAGUUUAGUGAAUGUUGAACUUAAAGUUGAAGAACUUUUGUUUGAACAUAUUAUUUGUUUGGUUUUUGCUUUUCAUUAUGAAUGUGACAUUCAGCUGAUUUGUAUUAACCCUCGAACUGUGGUCGGCCGCCGAAAUCGGCCGAUAUUCUCGUUCUGUGCUGUGGUGGCCUAAAAAAUCGUCAGAUAAAAAACACGGUCCGAUGGCAACUUCUAAUCCAAUAUUUAACCGAAAUCAUAGCCACUUCCUUUUAUUAAUAAUUAAAUCAACUUCCGGGUCAAGCUGUUUCUUGAUAAAUUAAUAAUAAGUACUUUUUAACCGCAAUUUUAUAUAGCCGUUUUUUUAAAGCUAAAAUGGCGGAUGCUAUGGCCGGGGCCUUCAGUGCGAGAACUGAUAUAAAUAUUUUUGAAAGCUUUUUAGGAGAGGAUUUAAGUGAUACUGAUGAUGAUUUUAACAUUCCCCAUGACAUCUCACUUCAGAUUCUUCUUUUUGUGAAUCUGAUACUAUUCUUAGUGAUACUGAAGUAGGCCUACUGAGGCUACUGCUAGAUUUUGAGCAAGGCAUGGAGGUUGGGCAAGGACUGACUGAAAUUUAGUCACAGAAGCUACAGAUUAUAGAUCAGAACUAAUAAAAUUGCAUAGUUUAACAACCCAAAACAGUUCCACAGUUCCUUUUUAAAUGUUUACUAGUCAAUAAAAACUAUUUAGCCUGAGAUUUUGUACUUGGUUUAGCUGUGGUCUCAGUUUCUUAUACAAAUUACCUAAAAUUACUAAAAUUGCUUUCAGAGGUUUAAUUGUAAUCAAAACCUUAGCAAACUAUACAUUUUCUGAAAGAUGAAUGAAUUAGCUACAACAUUUAGCUGUAUGUUUUAAGUGUAUCUAUAAAAAUUUAUGAUGUUAUGAGCACUUGAAAGCAAGACAUUUUGUCGAUUUUUAUUUUCUUGAGCACUCCAAGGUCAAGGACACUGAGCAAAAAAUUUUUAACUGAGUGUGCAAUAUGGCCAAAUUUAUCCCCAUCCAUUUACCUUUCUAAAAAUAUAUAAUUAUUUGGGUCUUGUAUCAAUAUUUCUAUGUCAUUUAAUGCAAUUUCAAAAGGCACUCAAAAAAGCUCUGAAAAGUUCCACACCACAGAAUGAUGCAUGCCAUAGUUCAAGGGUUAAUCAAGUUCUUGUGAUGCCCUACUUUUAAAAGUACCAAUGUCUUAUUUGCUGAAAUAUACAUUUAUUUGUUAGUUUUAUUUAUGCUUUGGCUGUUGAAAAUGUUUAAUUAGUAAUGUUUGAGUGUUUGAUUUCUUUGUCUUAGAAAUAUGUCACACUGCAGAUUUGUUACUUUGAUUCUCAAAUUUCACAAUUUCAGUGACCAUAUUGCAACAAAAAACAAAGUUUUAUUUUCACAGAUUUCUGGAGUGUUGCGGUAUAGGCCUAGUGUCUGUUGGCAAUAAAAAAAAAAAAAAAAUCCAUCAUUUUUUUAUCAAUGGGCAUGGAAUAUCAUCAACUGACAUAUUAGUAGCAUAGCAACCAGUAGAAAAUUGAGUGGUCAUAAAAAAAACAUGAUGAAUUUAAUAUCAGCUGACUUGAUGAAUUUAAUAUCAGCUGACUUGUUUACAAAUGUUUUAAAUCAAUAGUAGCCUGUUUUAUAGUUUCCAGAUUAAAAUUUGGGAAACAAGUUUUUUUUAAGUUCAAUUUUAUUGAAGCGGACAAGACAAGAAAAUAUUUUAGAGUAACAAUGUCUUGUUUUUAAAAGUGGAAUUUUUAAAAAAAAUUUUUUUUAAUUUUCCCUUGCAUGGUUGGUUAUUGGUAAAAUCAUAAUUAAAAGAAAAAAGCAGAAUUUAUUUAUUUAAAGAGUCACAUACAGCCACAUGUUGCUGACCAUUGGGGUAGCAUGUACAUUUAACAUUGUCAGAAAUAAACAAAAGUUCUACAUCAAAUGAGUUGUGCCAAGUUGUUCUAAAUAUGAGCUUUAUGGCAAAAAUCGACAGUGUUAAUGUACCUUAAUAAAAAGGGUUUCUGCUGUGAAUUCAUUUGUCAGUUUAGGGUCACUAGAAUAUUAAUAACUGCAAGUAGUCUAGUUCUACCAGCUACUUAGUAGUAUUUAUAUCAAACAUUAAAUAGUUAAUUAUGCUUUGCCUAAUGGAUAUAGACUUUUAAUCAUAAAUUAGGAAUAUUUAAAAUCAUUAUUUAAUGCAGCACUAUGUAUAUAUUUGUAAGACAUGUAUAUGCGCUUGAUUAAAUUAAGAAAGGGCAUAUGACAUCAUGUUGUUUUCUCAAAUUAUUUUGGAAUAUAUAAUGAGACAGCUUUUUGUUUUCAACUUUUGGGACCUGCAUGAAAAAGGCAUGUGUAUGUAUGCCUUUAAAAAUUUGUGAGCUAUAAGCAUUUUAACAAUGGCCUAUCAUAUUGUUGUUAUUUUUAUUUUAUUUUUUUCAAAUAUAAAGAUAUGAAAAUUUUAAAAAAUUUUACAGGAAAAUCUU